AUUUUCACGUCGCACCAGCCGCUGUGGUUUCUAAGGAAACGGGGUCUUCGCCGUUGCCGAAAUUGAGCCGUUUCUUGGAACCUGCUGGGUUCGUGCAAGGAAAGGGGUGGUUGUACGAGAAGGGUGGGCUGGGUGUUUUCAUCGCCAGUCUAGUGAGGCAUAAGAUACAGGUUUGGAGAAGGGGGGGGGGGAAUUUUAGGCGGUUUGUGUGGUUUGCUAAAACCCAUCACCCUAGGAAGCACAGACAUAGGGGAAGGGGGCAGUUCCGAAUUUACGUAUAAGCUACACAAGCUAUAGCCCCACUCUCUUGGGGAAAAAACUGGAUGUACAUUACCUAAAUAUAAAAUAACUAAUAUACUUCUUUUUAAUUGUGUUUCAGUUCAACAAUUACUUUGAUAAAAUACAUAUUUUGUUAUGUGCAAAUGGCUUUAGAUAUCUAUCAGGUCCGUAAAUUACCAUAUAGGAUAUAUUCAACACAAAAAACUGUGACAAUUUGUUGUUGACAAAGGGCAGCUGGACAUAUAAAGGGCCCCAUUACCUUCAGUAGCUUAGGGCCUCAUCAAACCUAAAUCUGGCCCUGGAAGGGGGGGGUAUGCAUGACAAAAUGAGGCAAAGUCAUGCGUGGGACAUGGGUAGCAUGAAGUGGGGGGUACAGUUAUACUGUAUGCUGCAGUCCCUGGCCAUGCUCUUGUUAAUGGCACAACUCUACACCAGCCCCAGACCUGAUCAAAGACACUUCACUCUCAUUUACUUCAUUAACAACAACAGCAACAAAAAAAAGGUCACCCAUCACUGGCAACUGUGCCUUCUUGACAGAGCAUAGGGUAUGGUAGAAACUAGCACCCAAUCUAUUAUUUAAGCCCCCACAGAAAGAGGCCAUAACACAGAUAGUAGGGUGUAGGGCAUGGGUCUUUUAUCUCUCCGGUCUCGCAUGAUGCAUAUUUAAUGCUCACGACAUUUUUGUGUCUGGACUUGAACUCUUUAAUGGGUAUUCUCUGCCUCAGGGCUCCAGACACAAGCAUGCAACCCUUGCGCUCCAUUCUGGCAACUGGAGGUAGCAGGGCAGAACAGGAUACUUUGCUCAUGGGGGAAUUUGAAAUAGGAAGGGCCUGGAGCAUGUUUGUGCCUGUCUUGCAAAUUCCACCAUAGGCUUCCCUUGCAUGUUGCUUCAGCGUGUUUGUGCGCCUUUCAUUGAGGGGUGGGGGAGUGGGGAGAGAAACUGUUUUGCCAAACCAGCAGUCGCACGAGAGCAUUAGUCGCUACUUUGACAAACAGUACCAUAGGGCUCCACUGCCUAUGUAUGUGGCCACUACCUAGUUCUAUCCAUUUCUAGUGUGAAGGGGGUAUGGUGAAGUGACUGCUGCCAUCGCUCAAUCUUGGCCCGCGUGGGGCGGGUCCCUCUUUUUGACAUGUGGCCAUUGUCACUGGUGUGCUUCCUGGUUUGGUGGGCUGUGGUGGUGUUUCCAGGGACAUGCAAUGUACCUGCUGGUUUUUUGUGUGUUUUUUGUAGUUUCUGCUUUUGUUUUUCACCUUCUCCUUCCAUGGUAAACACACAUUGGAUACACAACUGUUUCCACCAGCACAGUGGUGGUGCUUCUCUUCCCUCCCCAACAUAGUAUGAAUAUAGGAAUGCUCUGCCCAUUUCUUCCAUUAAGACAAAUGGGAUUAAUUUUGUAUGGUCCUUGUAAUCAGGACUGGUUGGAAUAUUUUAGCCUAAUCGGUGCUACGUAGGCCAGUUUGCCCUUUUUCAGCUUUAUAACAAUGCCAGCUUCUUAAAAUAGUAAUAGAUUAAUGCUCUUAGAACUAGUUCCUUCUUUAUAUAUUGUUUACAAGUUUAGCAUACAAAAAAGAUGCGAUAGUAAAUUUACUCUGAACACAAAGCUCUUAAAGAAGAAAAGAGCCUCAGCUAGCAAAGUAUGAUUUCUAUUCCAGGAAGGGAAGGAGCAGUAGAUGGUGUCAGUGUUGCCUUAAUUUUUAGAAUCACCCCCCCACCCGAUGGAAAUAAACUUUGUAUAAUUAUCUUGUGGGAGCUGCUUUGUUCUUGGUGUUAUUUUUUUCACGUCUUUUGAAGGAGACCUCCUCUUGGGUCUGGAAAGUCUUUCCCACACUGUGGGGCCCUCAUUUGUCUUCUCCUUCUUUUUCUCUGGAGGUGGGACUGGUGAUUCAUUUGGAGGCUCUUUCCUUUCCGUGUUUUCCAUUGUCUCAAUCUCAAAUAAAACGUUGAUUUCCCCCCCCCUUCUAUUUCCCAAAGUUCUUCCUUUGUUACAAUAGGAUCUUUUAUUGGUCUUCUUGGAAGUUUUUGUCGUCUGGCAGGUGCUGCAGGAGCUGGUGGAGGACUGUCAGGUUUUGGAGGCGGCUUGGGUCUCCAGAAUGGCAUAUUCUGGCUUUCUUUUCUGUCACAACAUGUUCUGGGUUCAAAUUCAUCAGAAAUGGGGAGGGGGAGGGGAAUAGCAUGCUCAGAAGGGGGAAAGGAAGAGGGUUGCCAGCUGUCCUUUAAAACAUAGGUUGGUUCCCCUGUUCCUCCUUUCGGGAUGCCUUUUGUAAUAAUGACUUGAAGGUUUUUGCCCUCACCCUGACUUGCCUGCCUAGUGCGGCCUAGCAGUUAGGCUCCUGGGAAAGUUGUGUUGCCUCAGUUUUGAUCUCUAAGUUCCGUUAGAAAGAUGUUGUCUAAAGAUUACUAAAUUUAACCAAUGAGACAUGUGUCGGAAGCUUUUUUUAAAAAAAACCAAAAACACUUAUGAAAGACUUUUGAUACUACUUUCAUUUGGCUAAUAUCAGAUAAUUCUAUUUUGCUUCAGAGGGGACAGUCAAUACAUUUUAAAUAUGUGAGAGUAAAACCCAUGGAGAUCAAUCAGACUUAAGGCAUGACUAAUUUUCCCAUUUACUUCAGUGGGAGCUAAGCUCAGCUAACUGACAGUGCAAUACUAUGUUUGUCUACUCAAAAGUAAGUUCCAAUAAGUUCAGUGGGACUUACUCCUAAGUGAGUGUGACUAGGCUUGCAGCCUAAAAACUAGCCUUUAAAAAAUAUUAGAAAUAUCUAGGUGAUUGCAUUUAUACUUCCAGCACACAAGUGCAUGCAUUUAGGAACAGAGUAAACAUAAUACAUUAAAAAAAAAAAAUCAGUAGUGUCUAAUAAAUACUAUGAGAAUCUAAGCAUAAAAGAAAAACAAUUCCUCAGCUAGGUUUUUUUUAGUAGCAAGAUAGAAUGCAAGUGAAACUGUCCCUAUCGCUUUAUUUCCAUGCUGAUGAAAGCUUCACUUGCUGCAUUUUUUUUUGCUUGUCAUACAUCUGUUAACAGCAGACACCCGUUAACCUUUAAGAAAUAAGGUUGGUGACUUUAUACGUUACUACUUUACUAGAAUACAAUUUAUUUAAUUUCUAUACCGCUUUAUAUUUUUAAGAAAAAUCUCAAAUCGGUUUACAGCUUAUUCAAUCAAUAAAACAUAAAUAAAACAAUCUGAAGAAAGUCAAAUAUAGAGUAUACAGUCAAAGCAACAUAACCAAAAACUAAAUUAUCUUAAAGAUUUCAAAAUAAAACAUUACAAAGGAGGUCAAAUACAGAAUACAUAUUUCACAUAGUAGGGCUGGGUGAGUCUGGGCUCUGCCCCCUAGGCCAGGUGGAAAGGGCCUUGCAAGAAAUGGCCUUCACGCCUCACAGCCGGGCGAGGAGGAGCCUCUUCAGUAGAGCUGGUGAGUCUGGGCCCCACCACCUAGGCCAGCAAUAAAAUAAUAAACCAACAAUAAAAACUCUGUCCCACCUAUUGAUAUAUUUUCCUUUAUGUAUAUGUAGCAUAAUAUUUAUCUACAAUGGUUGUUUAGUUCAGUAAAAGGUAAAGGUACCCCUGCCCGUACGGGCCAGUCGUGUCCGACUCUAGGGUUGUGCGCUCAUUUCACUUAAGAGGCCGGGAGCCAGCACUGUCCGGAGACACUUCCGGGUCACGUGGCCAGCGUGACAAGCUGCAUCUGGCGAGCCAGCGCAGCACACGGAAACGCCAUUUACCUUCCCGCUAGUAAGCGGUCCCUAUUUAUCUACUUGCACCCGGGGGUGCUUCGAACUGCUAGGUUGGCAGGCGCUGGGACCGAGCAACGGGAGCGCACCCCGCCGCAGGGAUUCGAACCGCCGACCUGACAAUCGGCAAGUCCUAGGCGCUGAGGUUUUACCCACAGCGCCACCCGCGUCCCAUCGUUUAGUUCAGUAACCCUUCCUAAAUUAUACUUAAUAAUCCUGCAUAAUUUUAAAAUUAUUUUUAUUAUGUGAAAUAUUAACUCAUUGUAACACGGAAAAGAGUAAACAGUCAGGACUAAUCCCACAAUUUUUGGUACUAAUUACUUCAGUUCAGUGAACUGCAUCCUGUCCUCCACUGGUGGGAGAGUGAAAUAGUACAAAUAUAGCAUUAAGCAGGCAGUGGUGGGAUCUGUAUUUAAAAAAUAUGCCUGCUGUACUGUACGCUCAUUGGAGAUGUUUUAUUAGACUGUCUGAUCUGAAAACCUUAUUUUGCAUUUGAAAAGAUUAAAGAGCUACCAUUGGAUUUGUCUGAUUCAGUUGUUUCUGUUCUGCAUGGCAUUUGCAGAUGGAAUAAUCUGUCAUAAAUGACACAGAAAAAUACCAUGCUAUGAGUAAAAUGAGAUGUAUAGCAACAGACUCAACUUGAGCUCUGGCUAAUCUGUAUAAAGAUGUGGGUUAUGAUUGAAAGCAGGAAGCAGGAGCUGAACCCUUUCUCAAUGCAGACCAUUACACUCUUGAAAACACUAUCACCCAGCUAUUUCCUGCCAGGUGGGGAUUACCAUACUGGGUAAAAGCAUUAGGGCAGGAUAAAAAUAUUUGUAUAAGUAAAUAAACAACAAGAAGAAUAGAUUGAUACAAAAAUAAAAAUAAAAUGCCAUCCUCUGCCCUAAUGAAUGGUUUUCUUUUUCAGGUUCAAUGAUGGCCCAUACAGAGAAAGAGUUGAAUGACCUUCUUAUUUGUAAAGAAAAAGAACUGAAAGAGCUCCAAGCUCAUCAAAUCCAUUUUCAGAAAACAUCACUGCAUGAAACCAGAAAGCAGCUUCAAGAAAUGCAUAGGAAAUUCAACAGUUUAAAGGAAGAUUUCACCUAUAACCUUAGAGUCUUAGAGGAGAGAGAUAGAGAGCUGGAACACUAUGAACGCUUGUUUAUACAGUUGAAAAUGGUUGAAAAUGCUAAAGAGGCAGAGGUUAGUGAUCUUAGAAUACAAGUGGAUAAGCUGCAGCAAACACUUGCCAAGGAAACAAAAAAGCAAGAGUCUCUGCAAUACCAAUACCAUCAAAAGCUUAAAGAACACCAGUUAGAGUUGGAGCGGCUUCACAGGUAAGAGGGAUCCAGUGCUGUGUCGCUAUGACAGAAAUUCAGCCUUCUAGAUCCAAGCCUUGAUUCUCUCUGUACCUCAUUCUGGUAGUAAUCCUGCUCAGAAUAAUGGAAUUGUAGAGUUGGAAGGGACCAUGCAGGUCAUCUAGUCCACCCUCCAGCAAUGCAGGAAUUUUUUGCCCAAGGUGGGGCUAGAACCCACAUCUCUGAGAUUAAGAGUCUCAUGCUCUACCGGCUGAGCUAUCCCACAAUCCUGCUGAUUCUACUUUGUGUCUUUGCCAUAAAGAAAUUGGAAGAUGGUUCCCCUUCCACAUGGGGGGUGGAGCAGUCAGUAGCAUGGACUCCUGAUCUUAUCCAUUGCCUCUUUGUCCCCCUGUUUACCCACUUUUUUGUUUGUAUAUAAGGACUUUCCAACUGCUGUUAACACUUAGUGUAUCUUACAGAGUGUACACUGGUUCGUGAAUGAAUGCUUAUGCCGCAAAAAAUAUGAAUCUCUUUUUAGAGGGUAUUGUAAUCAAACCCUCUAAACAGAAUGUCUGUACUACUCCAUUUUCUUGAGGCAAUUGUGCAUUGGUUUUGUCUUGUAUGCAGCUGCCUCAAACCAUUACGUACUGUAGAUGUAGAGAAUUUCACGUGCAAUGUAGGCCAUUGUGAUCCUGGGUCUUCCUUGGCUAUAAUCUUUCUGCUUUUCAAGGUAUGAGAUAUCUUAUCAGAUCUGUUGCUACCUGUUGGAUUGUGGCAAGAUUCAGUGGUGCAUAUAUGAGACGCUUUAUUACAUAAUACUUGCUUACACUAUUUAAAUAGGUAAAUAGCUUAGAUCGAUGCUAAUGCCAUACUCUUAUUCUUUCAGGCAAAUUAAUGUGUACAGACACAUUUGCAAUUAGGGGGAGGUCAUUUUGAUUCAAGAGCAUGUGAAUAGAAAUUAGUAUUUGCUCAAGUGCACACUACAUGUUGCCGUUGUUCUUCCAAAACACAAUAACUUAUUAAACUUAGUUUUAAUUCAGUCCACAACUUCUUAUUGAAGGGUGCUUAUUUUUAAAACUAUUAUUUUUGUAGCCAUAGUGAAUGUGAUGUCACUGGAUUUUUAUUUUUAGUUCUAAGGACUCUGAUAUCAAUCAGCAUCUUCAGGAAUAUGGGGAUAUGAAGCAGCAACUGGAGAGAAAACUGCAGGAAGUAGAAUGUGAACUUGCUUUGCAAAGACAGGUACAGUAUGUUUAAUAAAUGAGAUAAAUAGAUUUUAUUUUUUGUUGCCGUUCCUACAGACAGAUGAGAGUUCAUUAUACUCUACAGUUACUUAAUUUUCCCCAGGCAUCUAGUUCCCCCUGCCUAGUCUGACAUUAAAAGUAAUGUGCGAUUAAUGAGCAGUACUGAAAUUGCUUUCCCAUUCUAGGUAUCAGGUGGCAUUUAUGUUUUUGGUUAUCUUCUCGCAUUGGCAGCCUCCCCUUGGGAAAAUUGGUAAGAUUGUGUCUAGUAAAAUGAGAUGGUGUAAAAUUCUUUCCACAGGGGUAGAGCCAAAAUGUUGUGCUAAAUUUGCCAACCUUGAAAUCUCAAGAAGGUCAGAACUAUAAAUCAAGAGCAGCUUUACUCAGUUGUGAAGGCUACAUAAACACCCUGGCCUCCGGCAUCAGUCCCUACUUCUCUAAUUUCAGGGUUAUCUUCCUUCCAGAUUUGUAUGUAACAACCAACAGGGCUAUCAAUUGAUUUAAUUGAUUAUUUAAAUUGAUUCUUUAUUUUUUAAAAAAGUUUAUAUAUCCUAUAUCAGUUGAUUUCAGGACACUUUAAGAUUAUAAAUUACAUUCUAGGUAUAAUCCAAAUUUAUCUAUAGAAGUAUUUUUGAGAUACUGAAGAAGGUAUAAAAAAUAAAAAUAAACAAAAGCUACCUCCCAGAGAAAAGGUGAGCUUUUUAUUUUUUUAUUGUUUCUUUUUUAUUUUCAUAAUAGUAAUAAUAAUAAAAGGAAGACUUAAAAACACACAACUGGAAUUUAAAAAGCUGCAAUAAAUAAAUGAGUUUUCAUCUCACAGCCUCAUCCAUUAAAAUUGCCCCUAAUCUACUAAAUUUUUAAUUGAUAAUUUACAGAUUAAAUUAUUGAAUGCUUGCAGCCCUAAUUUAUACAAGUCUCUCUCUGUCUUGCUUAUGUUUUGAAUGUAUGGCAAAAGGAACAUUAUGAGUUCCCUUAAGGAGUCCCAGAAAGUUUCGUCUUCUUCAGGUUUGUUUGUUGAAUACUUAUGUUCAUAAAAAGUUAAAGAUCCUUCUCAUCAUUGGCUUCUCUUAUAACUCUUUUCAAUUUUGUAAAUUUAAACUUGCCACUGGGCAUGUUGCCCAGACACCCUCAUUGCAGAUGCCUCCUUUGCCCUCCACUUACUCCUUUAUCCACCUCCUCAUCCACUGUUUCUCACCCCAGAAUUACUUCAGUCUUUGUUUCGUCAACUUCAUUUCAGGAACUGCUAGCGGAAUUUGAUUCAGAAAUGAAAAAAAGAGAGCAUGAGUUUCGACGGAAAGUGGAUGAAAUGAGCAAUUUAGUUCUAUCUCAUGAGCUUAAGGUAAAUGUGCCCCCAAAAUUUGAAAUGUACACAGCAAAAAUAAACAAACAAUCAAUCAAUGUACAUUCUAUUACUUCUAUUUAGCGUGUUUUGUGAUGUAUAGACAAUAAGUGAUCAAUGGAACUCAUGGCCUGUUUUUCCAUGGAACAUUAUGAGGUUAAAUGCCAUAACUACUGACUGUCAAUUCAGACACCGUACAAAACCAUAGUUAGCAAAACUGUAUGUUAUAAGCCCACUUUAAACCAUGUUUUUUGAUUAGGAUGUGCCAGCUUUCAUGAGCAGUUAACUAUGUCUGUAUGUUGGGGCUUCAAAGCUCAGUGCAGGGAUGUUUGAAAGCCAUUUUGCUAACAGCCCUGUACUGCUCUUUGAACUUCUGAAAACUGGAGGUUUAAAGACUAGUGUGAAACUGCUUGCAAAAGGGCUUUCAAAAAGCCCCACUUUGAGCUUUGGCUGCAUGUAUCUUUUCCAAUUGAGCGAACAAGUGGGCGCAGCUGCACUUAGCAGGAUUUAUUCCCUGUUCAUUAGCUGAUGAACAAGGGUUAAAUCCUUCUGCUUUGGCUGUGUGUGCCAGUUCCCAGUUAGGGUACAGAAACACAGGGCCAGUGCAGAACCAAACCGUCCCUCCCCGCCAAUAGCUGUCAUCAGUGUGACAUCAGCCAAUUGGCAGGUGGGUGUUUGUUUUUUAAAUGGUUGUGUGGGCUGAAUUUGAUACCGUGGUGAGCCAGGGUUGGCCUGCAGACUGGAGGUUCCCCAAAUCUGACUAAGCCUUGGUUUGGCUUUGUGUGAGAUGCAGACACAGCCCAUGUGCCUUUUUGUUCUCCUUUGAAAGGUGAAGCUGUUGACCAAAGAAUUGGAGGCUUUGAAAGAGGCUGGGACAGAAGUGGCAGAAUCAUUGAAAAUGGCAGAAGCAAGAAACUUGGAGUUGGAGAAAGAAGUCAAAUGCAGGGAUUGGGAAAUAAAGGAUCUUGCAGCUGUGAAAGAUGCCCAGUAAUGUACCAUUCCAUCGAGUAUUGAGAAAAAUUUCCUUUCAGUUCAUCAUUCCUUUCUGCCUCCCAGUAUAUUCUUAAUCCAUUUUUUUCCAUGUCUGUAAAAGGAAUGUGUUUAUUUUUGUUGCUGCUGCCCUUGAGGUUACAUCUGGCACAUCAGUGGCUCAUGUCAUACUUUCUUCACUGCUACAGUAUAGCUUAAAGUUGCAGUGCUGGUUUCCAGUCUUUCUGCUCCUUUAGUUUCUGUCAAAUUAGAUAAUGAACCAUGGGUUGUAUGCAACGCAAUGCAAGCAGCAUUCCACUUAUACACUGGAACUUCCUCUCCUCUCUCGACACACCCCCAAAAUCUGAUCCAGAGUAGAUUUUGUGGGGGCAUGGGGGACUGCAAGGGAGAGGAACGGAAGAGGAAGUUCUGUUGUGCGGGGGGAAGUCCAUUGCAGAACAGUAGCAGUGGAUACAACCACCUGUGUUUACAUAACAAUGGCUUACAUAGGCGCCAGUUCUACAGGGACCUGGAUGCCAGGGCACUCACAUUCCGUUUUUCCUACAAAGCCUCGGAACAUGAUUUCCGGCAGAAACCAGAAGUUGCGUUGGAGGUCUUGUGAAUCCUCGUAUGUUUCCUCGGAAGCGCCGCUGUGCUGCCGCCACAACAUGACAUCAUGUUAUGUCGUGGACGCCAUUGAGCACCCUUAACCUGGAGUCCAAGUCAGUGCCCCUGGUGGGUUAUGUCAAAAUACUGCCCCAGUAGGAGAUUGGUUUUCAUCCUCCAAGUUUUCUACUCAAAUACUGUUCUGGUAACAUGACUUAUUUUGUAGCAGUUGUAGUAUUUAAAUCUUGAAGAGAAAUGCACGACACAUUUCCCUACGUUUCUGAUAUCUAUAUCUGUGCAAGGAAUGACUCCCCAUCCCCACCUAAAAUCAAAAUAAUAACUUAUGAGCCAGGUGGGAAACGGGCUGCCCUGCAUAUAUGUUCACCUUUUCUGCUUUCCCUAGCUCAGUGGGGAAAGGUUGCAAAAGAAUAGCAACAUGGGGUACAAGAAGUAUGGGAUGUAACAGCAUUCAACUGAAUAUUUAUUUUAAUUGGAAUCACAAAAUCAUAGAAUUGUAGAGUUGGAAGGGCCCUGGAAGGUCAUCUAGUUCAACUCCCUGCAAUGCAGGCAUCUCAACUAAAUGUUCACAUCCCUUCAAAAACAUUCAGUUCAAGCACAGCUGACAUUCCUUGCUAUGAUUCCCGGACAUGAAUAUAGAUCCUGCAGGCCUGCCAUAAGCUAAACUAUUUAGUUAUUCACAUAUUUAUUUAUUUAAGAUGUUUCUAACCCACCCUUCAUCAGAACAGAUCUCAGGGCAGGGCACAAUACUAUUACAAAUCCUCAAAACCCAUCAAUCGCAUUAAAACAACCAGAAACAAAAAUCUAUGAACCACAAGAGCUGGUUAAAAAAACAAACACCUUAAUUAAAAACUUCAAGGCUUUAAAAACUACAAAUCCUAUAUUUAACUACAAGAAACUAUAUUCAGUGGGGCACCUAGCUAUGCUAGAUCCAUCAUUCUCUUUUUCUUAACACUUUAUCUUCAAUACAAAUGAACUAAUUUUAAAGCGUUAUUUUAUUGUCCUCCAAUAUUUGCCAAUACAGGAUACGGGAUUUAGAAAGAAAAAUCGAUUCAGUACAGCUGAGCUGGAAAAAAGAAAAAGAAAUAUUUGAGAGAAAGUGAGUUCUUUGGAUAGAUGACAUUGUCUUCUUUGUGUACUUUUCUCAUUAAGAGCAGUCAUUUUUUCAAAAAGUAGUGGGCAACAAGCAAUUGCUGCAGAUAACUUUGGUGUUUGAUGCAACUGAAAGUUGUCCUUUCUGUUUUCAGAUAGUGAUGUAAUCUUACUGCAUGAAUAUAUUGAAGUUUUAAGAAAGAUGUGUUGUUUUGCAUGUUAGCAUUAAGAAUGUAAUAUAUAAAAUAGUCCUUAAGUAGUGUGUGGAUUAAGUAUUUGUUUUUAUCUGUGCUCCCUCUCCAUUCAUUACCCAGUAACAUCUUGAUUUGUUUAGGGCCUAAAAAUAGGCAAAUGGUUACUGUAUUCUGAAUUUAUGGUCCUUUCUCCUGUAGUUCACUUUUAAACACAUUGAUAUAAUUAGGUGGUUUUUGGGUGUUCCUAAAGGGCAUUGGAAAUAUUUAAAGAAAGCACUUCUUAAACUUUAGCAUUUCCAAUGUGUUUUGUGAUAAAAAGGACCCCUUGUACCCCCAGCAUAGUUAGAAACAUAGGAAGCUGCUUAUACCAAAUCAGACCACUAGUCCAUCUAGCUCAGUAUUGUCCACACUGACCAGCUGCGGCUGUCCAGGGUUUCAGACAGGGGACAUUCUGAGCCCUAUUUGCAGAUGUUGGGGAUGCAAAGCAGGUACUGCUGUUUUAUUCUUAAUCGCAUUCAGAUAGCAAAUAUUUGCCAUAAUGGAGUUGCGGAAUGUCCAUUUUUCACUGGGACAUCUUCAGCCGCAUAGUAGGAUUAUUCAUGGGAUUGCCUAACCCUACCUUUGAUCAUAUUAGCACUGUUCAGUGCCCCAGAACCUGACAACCUAAAGAUCAAAAUUAUCAUGUAGGAAAAAAACAAGCUAAACAGAAGGAUUUUUACCAAGUUUGUAAAAUAACUUCAGAAGCUUCUAAAAAUGUACAUUGUUUAAACCUUUGUACAGCAUGAUCAUUUCUAUUUUUAAAAAAGUUUUAAUUCACUUUGGUAGAUUGAUUGUCUCAAAAAGUACAAAUCCAAAAGAACAAAUUGUCUUUUAAAUUUAAUUUUGUUCUUUCUAAAAGGCACGCAGCUAUAGAUCACUUUGCCAGGGAAAAGGAUGCAUUACUUGCUUCAGUAAAGGAGACCCAUACUGAGCAGAUACGGAAGUGGGAAAAUCAAGUCCGAGACCUGCAAAUAAAUAAGGAAACUUUGGAAACAGAACUGCGUCAGGCAGAAUGGAGGCAUACAGAUGAGUUGAGAGAGAAAGAGGCUGUCAUUGAAAAGUAAGUUAGAUUUUAUUUGUACUGUUUAGGUAUGUAGAUGUGUGUUUCAGUGCAAACAAGUGGAUUACAUCCUCACAUGGAUGUAGGGGAGAAGGGGGCUUUCUUUCCCCCUGAAUCCAUGUGAUGACACAAUCCAUUUGUAGGUACCCUCUUUUGCAGGUAGGCAUGAUGUUGCUUCUCCCGUAAUUAAAUCUGAAGUUAAAUGACAGGAUCUCAUUUUUAUUUUUGGAUGAAAUGUACCUAUUUAGAGCAUGGUGUUUCACUUGUUUUGUACAUGAUACAUCCCAGGAUGUAGUGCACACAGCUGGUAUAUUCCUCGCACUACUCCUGAUAAGGCAUCUUAUUUCCAUGUUCCAGUCCUGAAAAGUUAACACUUUGUUUAAGGAGCUACUGACACUCCCACUUCUCUCAGGAUGACUAAGCAAUAUUAAGAGGGACAUUACAAGCAGUUCAUUUCAACACCCAUCUGUGAAUUGUGGCAAGUGGUGUGCUUUAGUGCUUACUCAAGAGCAGGUACAUAACCUCCCCUUUGCUGGCUUUUCAAAAUAUAUUAACCCUAAAUAUAUAUAAAGAUGCAAAAUUGCCUAGAUCGGUAUACAGUGGUACCUCAGGUUACAAACGCUUCAGGUUACAAAUGCUUCAGGUUACAGACUUCGCUAACCUGGAAGUAGUACCUCGGGUUAAGAACUUUGCUUCAGGAUGAGAACAGGAAUUGCGCGGUGGCGGCGGGAGGUCCCAUUAACUAACGUGGUACUUCAGGUUAAGAACGCUUUCAUGUUAAGAACGGACCUCUGGAUCGAAUUAAGUUCUUAACCAGAGGUACCACUGUAUUUAUAGUUAUCCAUUAAUAAUGGUUUACUGUGACAUGUGAAGGAGGACACUGUUAGGUACAACAUCCUGUAACAAACUGUUAUACUAAAACUUCACAUACAAACUAAAGAAUCAAGGAAGACACUUAAGAUGUUUCUUUUUGUGUGCUUGCACUGCAUUCAUAUUUUUAUUCAUUCAUUAUGUUUUAGGAUGCCUUCUUCAGCCAGCAGCCAGUUGGGAUGGUGCGCUAUGGAACAGGCUUUGUGCCUUGUUCCUUUUGCAAUCUGUAGCUAUUGGCCACUUUCAAUUAAUGCAGUACUCCUGCAUAAACCAGUUGUCCAAUGUGGCCUUCCCUUCCACUCCUUCUGCUGUAGCUUGAUGGAAUGGCUGAAUAGGAGUAUCCCUGGGAUUUGAUAUACAGCAUCAGUGCCAAAUCAUUUCCUAUUGACACUGAGGCAGAAUUUAUUAAUGGCAUAGAAAAUAUCUCAUAAUAAUAGACCAUGGCUGAAACAGGGCUCCGAGUCCCCAUCUUUGAUAUGCCUUGGGAUUUCAACUUAACGGCACUCAUCAAGAAGUUCUUAGAAUAGACUCAGAAUGUGGCCUUUCACAGAGAGAGAUUAACUGAAAAUAUUUACUCAUUCAUCGUUUAGUCAUUUGCAGUGCCUCUCUGGGACUCGUGGUUAAUUUGUUCACAUUUCAAGCCACAGGUUCUUUGGCUCAGGAUACAAUUUCUGAAAGUAUUGUAUAUUUAUUAUCAGGUGAGCACUAUAAUUUUACCAAGCAACAAAUUGCUUAUAUUUAGGAUUGUAAGAACAUGUAACAUUGUAACAGUUCGUUACUGAGUGAUAAGGAAUUGUAAUAUCUUCUCUCCAGAGAACAGCAUUUCUCGUAUGCUGUUGAAACAAAGGUCAAAUGUAAAAUUAGAUGUAUUAGUCAGUAUGUAUUUUUGCCCUUUGCUGUGAAUAUGUGUUGGGGUUAUACUAGGGUAGAAGACUUGGGGUACUGUCCAUAUCCCACUAAUUAUAACAGAUUAUACAGUUGUUCUUGUACGUACAUCAUUAUAUACUAGUUUGGUUGAUGCUCCACCAGGUAGGCAACACUGAGAAGUGCUGCUUGUCCUAAACACACUUGCCAAAGUGCCAAGUUCUGCAUAUACACUCAAGCGUACAGGUGCACAGGAGACUCCUUUCAUUUAAGGAAAGGUCAAUCUGCAAGUGAUAAAAGAUUUGUAUGCAGAUCAGGUCCCUCCACUGAAUAGGAAAUCUGUUAUGGAUGGAGAAACUCUCUGUACACAGUGUAAUUCCCUGUCUAGAACAGGCUGCUAGAAUAAAACAAUUGUGCAAUUGUAUUAAAUUUGUCUUAAUUUGUGGCCAAUUUGGUAAAAUUCAGAAAAUCAAUAAAAAUUAUUUGGCAAAAAAUAAAAACACUUGUGUUGCAUUUCAGAUCUAGCAAAUGUGGUAACUGAAAAUUUUAAAAAUCAAAAUCAACCAAAUGUAUCAGAAGAUAGCAAAGAUAUUAUACACAUCACAGAUUUCUUUUAAAAUGGAAAAAGUUCCAGAAAGAAACUACAGCUUAGAGCAGGCAUGGCCAAACUUGGCCCUCCAGCUGUUUUGGGACUACAACUCCCAUCAUCCCUAGCUAACAGGACCAGUUAUCAGGGAUGUUGAGAAUUAUAGUCCCAAAACAGAUGGAUGGCCCAGUUUAGCCAUGCCUAGCUAAAAGGGUAGGGAAUCUAAUUUGGGGAGGGUGGUCCAAAGUGCUACACUUGAAUAUUUUCUCCUGCUUAGGAGAAGUUUCAGUUGCCACCUUAGUUAUUAAUUAAAUAUCUAUCUCACCUUUCAUUGAUUUCAUGGUAUCAGAUCAGGUAAUAGCAAAAAAAAUAAUUAUAAAACAAUGGCCAGUAAAAUCAGCUCAAGCAAUUAAAACUUACCAAGUACAAGACAAUGAAACCUUCUAGCAGGAACCCACCAUUUGCUCCCCUAGAAAAGCCUGUUUGAAGGCCAAGGUUUCCUCUGGAAUGUCACCCCAUGAGGUUCUCAGCUCUGGUGCUGGGUAUAAAUACAUAUCAACCCCUCUCUGAUGCAUACACAAAAGUGCCUUGCACUCAUGCACAGGAGAAACUGGAGCCUGCUUUUAGUACUUGGCACUGAAAAGCUGCAAGCUUUACACAGGCUCCUUAAAUCCCAUUGAAGGAAAGAGAAUUUAACAGUCUAAUUGUGUCCAGGAGAGCUGCCAAAAGAUACAGUGAAGAGUUGGUAACAAAUGAAUAAUAUUUAUAUAGCAUCUAAAUACAGUGGGUAGGUACUUAAAAGUGAAGAAUGUGUAUGCAAGCAAAAUUGUGUGAUAGGAAAAGCUUGGUAUCGUGUUUUCCCCCUUUAAAAAAAAGAAAACUACAUUUCACCAAUACUCUUGAAUUAUUUAAGGAUAUUACCCUGUAUAUGGAACCAUGAGAAAAGCACUAUAAUCUUUUUUCCCCUUCUUUUUUUUACUCUGUUGUAACUCUGCAUUAGCUGGGAGGUGUUUAGGGAAUGUCAAGUCAUUGUGGGUUUUUCACUGAGACAUUAGCUUUAUGUGUGCAACUGUGAUAAUAAUGCUAAACAGAAAGCUCAGAACUAAUAGGAAAAUAGAAAUAUUAUGAACUCUUGCAAUAGUGUUAGAUAAAUUAAAUUAAAUGUGUGUGCAUUUACUAUAUAUAUAUUAGCACUGUCAAAAUCUUGCAUACAUCUAUUUAAAAAGCAAUACAGAACUAGAAAAAGUACAGAGGAGGCAAGGCAUAUAAAAAGGACUAGGAAUGCACAGUGGCUUUCACAUGAGGGGACACUUAGACAAAAUGAGAUUAAAAUGAUAUUAGAAGACAAUAUAACAGGUGCAAUUAAAGAUAACUAGUGCAAUUGGUUAAGAAGUCUUUCCUUGAAGUGUGAGCCAGACAUUUUAUGAAAUAAUGAUUGCACAAUUAUAUUUCCCCCUCAUUAAAUUAAGUGUUUUAGGAUGCUGUGUAAUCUGAAAGCAUAAGAACUUUUCCCCCCCUAAAAAAGUAGUAUAUAGUAGAAGAUUGAUCCAUCAAUGGCUAAUUGAAGCAACUUUGUGGUGCAGACCCACACAAGCUAUUAUUUCAAGCAAUUUCUUCACUGUAAAUGUGGAUGAGUAGCCUAUUUCCUAGGAUAAGCACAAUACAGAAUGCAAACCUCUGCAAAUUAAAAAUGGUGUAUAAAUACUAAAUAAAAUAGUCAUUGCUGGCCUUUAAUUGUUCAUUUCAUGCUCCAUCCGAAACUACUGGUAUUGGUCUCUGUUGGAGACAUAAUUCACUUAUGCCUGAGAGAUGACUUCAGUUGGGGAACAGGAGAUCAGGUGUUCUGGACUGUAUGUUCUAACAAAGCUGGAGUGCAUUCCUGUUUAUGAAUAGUAUAGGGAUUUAACCUGGAUCACUCACUAAACUAGUAGCAGAACUAGGCUAUUCUCUACAUAGGCCAAUACUUUUUGAAAGCACGGUGCCCUAUGUGGUCGUGCUAAUUAUAGUUCUGAGAGAAACCAAAUCCUGUUCCCUACAACAGAACAUUCUGAAUGUUCUGAAGAGGCAGCACUCACCAGUUAGAUGGAAGGUACUGUAUUAGCUGACUGGUAAGGAGAAUAUGUGGUUUGUAUAAAUGGUUACUUCAAAGCCUGUAAAUCAACCUAACAUUUGAAAAUGCAAUUCACUUAUUACAUUGUGUAUGUGCAGAAGAGGUAGUGAUACCUACUGUCUCUUACUAUUAAUCCGUGAUGCAGUGGAAUAAAGUAGCUUUUUAAAUCAAACAGUUAUGCAUCUAUCAAUGCUAUUGAUAGAUGUAUAACUGUCUGAUUUUUUAAAAUAAUAACCCAAUGAACAGCGUGCAUAUUGAGACAGUGAAUUCCAUAGAUUAUCUUUUUAUUAUGUAAAGACACAUUUUAUUUUGUUCGUCUUAAGCUUAUUGUUUAUUAUUUUAAUAGGAUGAAUAAAAUAUCUGUAUUAUGAGAAUGAAUGUUUGUAUUUACUGUUUCAAUAACACUUUUGAUUUUUUAAAAAAACCUCUUUCACUUUUCUAUUAUCUAAACUUUUUAUUAAGAACAACAUAAGAACUUAAGAAGAGCCCUACUGGAUCAUUUUAUAGGCCUGUCUUCUCCAGCAUUCUUUUUCUGCACAGGCCAACCAAAUGCCUAUUGGGAACUCUACAGACUGGAAAUGUGGGCAGCAUUCCUCAUAGUGCCUCUGAAUCUGUAGUAUAUAGCCAUCAUGAUGGGUGGUGCUGUGGGUUAAACCACAGAGCCUAGGACUUACCGAUCAGAAGGUCGGCGGUUUGAAUCCCCGCAACGGGGUGAGCUCCUGUUGCUCAGUCCCUGCUCCUGACAACCUAGCAGUUCGAAAGCACGUUAAAGUGCAAGUAGAUAAAUAGGUACCGCUCCAGCGGGAAGGUAAACGGCAUUUCCUUGGGCUGCUCUGGUUUGCCAGAAGCGGCUUAGCCAUGCUGGCCCCAUGACCCGGAAGCUGUACGCCAGCUCCCUUGGCCAAUAAAGCAAGAUGAGCGCCGCAACCCCAGAGUUGGCCACGACUGGGGUCCCUUUACCUUUACCUUUAGGCAACCUAGUCCUAAUAUAUUAAAUAUAUAUUAAUAUAUUAAAGCUUUUGUUCUUAAAGAAUAUGAAAAAAAUCAGGAUUGGAUUCUUACUUUGAUUGGUUUGGAUCUUUUGGCAUUGGGAACCCAUACGCACAGGCUGCUUAUUGUAUCUCCUUGAAUGAAACACAUUAUAUUCUAAGAAGCAAUACUUAUCUGAAUACAUACUGAAGAUUGUAUGAGUAGAAGGAAGAACUGUGUUUUCCUACUGUCUCAGGGAUUUGCUCUCUUCUUCCUUAUCUAACGUGUCUGAUGAAAAACAACUUAACAUGAUGAAACAUCUGUAAUUGCAGAUUCAUUUAAACCAGAAGAAAUAAGGAACCAAUUAGUUGGUUACAUUUUGUGCGUGGGAACCAAUUCCUGAUUAUAAAAGACACUAGUAGAACAUAUAACAGCCUUUGCCUGAAAAAUACACUUGGACGGCAAGUGCUUCCUCCUCCUGUUUGCAUAUGUAAUACACUGGAACCCAUUACCUUGGUUAUCUUAAAUUUAUAUGUAUCCACACCAAUCCUGCAUUAUUUAUCUUUUCCUAUCUUACUGUAAUGCUAUAUCAAUUUCACUUUACUGAGACAUCUGUUAUUCUUUGGUGUUUGGAAUGUCCCUUAUGCUACUUGCAUAAAUGAGGCUGAACUAUUGUUUGCCAGUCCCCCGCCCCUUUUGCUUGUUGUUUUGCUUAAAAUGGAAAACCACAUUAAUGUAAUCAAACUUGUGUUCUCUAUAUAUUUUCACAGACUUCAACAAGAGCUGGAGGCACUGAAAACAAGCUGGGAUUCUCAAGUAGCUCAGAUAUCCAGGGAGACAGUUUCAAAAGACCUUCAGAUUCAAGCACUGCAACAAGAAGAGGUGAAGCUAAGAGCACAGCUGUCUAGCAUACUGCAAGAUAUUGAAAGGUGAGUGACUUUGUGAGCUGGUUAAACCAGUGUUUUCUCAGGAUCUUUCUUCGUGAUCGAUCUUGGCCUACAACCAGCCACAUUUGGCCCACAGGCCAGAGAUUCCCCAUUCCUGCUUUAGAGAAUUUGAUCCUUAUGGAGAGUGCAACACUCUCCAGAACAGGCUGAACACCAGUCAUUUGGACAGAUCAACUGCCUACUAACAGUACCUCUCUUGCUGAGCUUCAGUUUGUUAACCCAUGUCCAGUCCAUUACGUCAACUAGUCACUGAUCUAAUGCACCCACAACCUCACCUGGUUUUGAUGAAAAAGGAUACAAGAGUUGCAUGUCAUCUGUAUGUUGAUUAUAAUACACUUGAAAUCCCUGAAUGACCUCAUUUAGCCAUUUCAUGUAGAUGUUAAACAGAAUGAGGGGAAGCAUGAGACUUUGUGGGAUCCUGAAAUGUGACUGCCACAGGGCCCAGCAGAACUCCCCCAGCAAUGUUUUCUGGAAAUGACCAUCUAGGCAGGAACAGAUGCAAUACUGCCCAUGUCCAAUACAGAUGGAAGUUCCAGAAUGAUCAUGGUUGAAGGUAUUGAUAACCCGAGAGCCCCUGUUAGAUCCAGGUGAAUUUACUGGGUAUUCAUACUCUCCCAUCUCUCUCCUGAUAGAGGUCAUUCCACAAGCAACCAAGGCAAUGCCAGCGCCAAAAUCAGGCCUAAAUCUCAGUUGAAAUGGAUCUAGAAAAUCAGUAUCAACCAAAGGCAGCCACAACUCAUUUGAGUACUUGGUCCAGGAAAAAGAUGUUUACCACUCCCCUACAGUUGUUAAUUCCUCCUAGUUCUGAGAAAGGUCUUGUCAGGAAGGGUUGCACUACCACUUGCUUUAAGGGGAUACUGUUUAUUUUGGAGCAAAACCUGCUUUUAACGCUAGAUGGUCCAGCCUCAACUGAGAGAGACAGAUAAAGGACCUGGGGCAGGCAUGUGCCCGUAAUGCUGUGGAUGAUUCGCACAUCAAUAAGAUGGAUGGUCUUGCUUCUGAUUCUCUGCUGUCACUUUGCCAUGGGAGGAGAUCAUAUAGGUUCAUCCUUGUGUUUGCCCUUCACUCACAGAAGGAAAACCCAGGGCAAACUAAACUCCAUAUGAGGCUGUGCGAAUGGUACUGACCGUCUAUCUUAAGGUCUGCUGACCUUUCAAGGCAGAAGGGAAAAAGAGAGGCAGGUGCACUGUCUGACAUAAUAUUGGUGACUUCUGGCUCUCUGCCCACAGACAACUCAGGGGAGAGGGGGUAGGGGCUGACUCAUGGCAUGUCUUGCAGUGCUUUUAGCUCCCUGACAUUUUUCUGCCUUAGAGAGCCAGUCGGCUUUAAGACAGAAGAAAGCAAGAGCUGAGCAUGCAGGUUGACAUGAAGGCAAGCAUGCUCACUGAUGUGCUAUGGCUGUGGGCAACCAGCAAUUGGUCUGCUAACCACCCUGAUAUUAAAAUGGGUGGUCACAUGAGUAUUAAGAUCAUCCAGUGAUUAAGUGAUCCAGAAAACCAGUGUGAUAUAGAGGUCAGGGUGUAAGUCUAGUACUGGGGGAAAUUAGGUUCAAAUUCAUACUCAGCCAUUUACUACUAGUAGUAUUAGUACAGCAUUGGUAUUAGUACAAUAUUAGUAUUAUUUGUUCUUUUAUUUAUUAGAUUUAUUCAUCGCUUUACACCAGAGUUUCAAAGAGACUUAAACAGUUCAGUAACAGUGACCUGGUUUGCAAAUCAUGCUAAGCCAGCUAUGACUUAGUGUAAACAUGUAAGCAUGUUUGGCUUAGCAUGGUGUCUAUACCUGGGAUCAUGACUGAACUCUCUCCAGACCAGCCACAUCCCCUCCAGGAGAUCACAUCUUCUCACUAAGCAACAAUUUGGCUUAGGGUGCUAUACAUACCAGGCCAGUAGAAUAAAUAUAAAAAAUAUAAAACAUUAGAUACUCAGCUGGACCACUACAAGUUAAUGGACAAUAAUCAAACCCACCACCCCCAACAAUGUAAGUGUAGUCCCCAGUAAAAAUUAAUUAACCCAAAAAAUUCCAUAACAGCAGAACUAGAAAUGUUAACAACUGAAGACCUGAAAGAAAAAUAAAGGUUUUUGGUGCAAAAAAUAUGUUUAUGUAAGUGCCAGGCAACCCUCUUUAGGGAGAGCAUUCCAUAGACAGUGGCACUACCACAGAGAAGGUUCUGGGGCUUAUAGACACCCACUGAACUUCUGUCUAAUGGUGAUCUCACACUUUGCUGUAUCUGGCUGCUUAUGGACUGGGGUUCUUGCCUUAUAUGCUGCACACCUCAGUUGUAAAGGGUUAAAAUUGUUGAAUAUUUUGUGACAUUAAAAUAUAAAUGUUAAAUUCAUCCCCCCCCAUUAUUAUUAUUUUUUAAAAAAUUUCUCUUCAUUUCUCCCUGUCUUAGGUAUAAAAAGCAGCUCUCAUUAGCAGCUGAGAGAGAAGAGAUUCUGGAAAGGGCUAAAGUGCAAAUAGUCCUGGACUGGCAGCGGCGUUACGAGAAUGCUGAAAGGAAUCAAUAUCAGAAAUCAGAGGCUCUAAUACAGAGCCUGUCAACAGCUAGGGACCAGGUCAGAACUGCGUCACAUUUGCUUAGCAGCUUAGCACAGAGCAUUAGCAGAGGCAUAUUUCAUGAGGGGAGAUUUUAUACCUUUGGACUUGUCAUUCUUUUGUGCUUCUAGCAAAUAUUUGAGGGGUUCUACCAUACCCAAGGAGUUGGCACUCUCUUCCUGUAACAUAUUCAGUCUGUGCUGACCCAGAUAAUGCACGAAAGUGGUUCAGUUUUUAAAACUUAGAUAAAUAGCACCAAGCUGAUCUCAGUAUAGUACUAGCUGGCUCUUUGCAUGAGGAUUAUUUCUGCUUGCAGGUGAGAGUGGAGGUAGGUGAGGAGGAAAGAAGGAGCAACAUAAGAUACAACACAGGAUGGAAAAACUAAGCUACAACUUUAUUGGAUGCAGUUUGCAGGUGGCAAGGCAAACCUAUGUGGGGCUGCCCUUGGGCCCAGUUCAGAGGCUCCAGCUGGUGCAAAGUGCUGGACUGUUGAUGUGGACAGUCAGCUGCCAGCACAUAACUCCAGUGCUCAAAAGCUUGCACUGGCUGCCCAUACCUUGCUGGACCAGGUUCAGAGUUCUAACAUUAAUUUACAAGGCUCUUAACAACUUGGAUCCUGGAUAGCUGAAGGGCUGCCUGAUUCGUUAUAUCCCUGCCUGGACACUAAGGCCCACACCUGACUGUUAGGAUUCUUUUCCUGUGCUUGAAGUCAUGGGAUUGUUUUUAUCACAUGACUGUGUAUGUUUUCAUUCCACAUAGUGGGAAGUGACGGAGACAGGAUGUUUGUAUUACUGUGUUCCAUGAUGUAGGACGUUUGUUCCUUUGUUCUUUCUCUUUGCUGACUGAUGCUGAAGAGAAAGAAGCUGAGUUGCAAUGCUCCAAGUGUAUAUAUGUAAAUAAACGUAGUCUAGCCAAAGUGCUGCGCUACUGAGUCUGUCACGCGAACUGCCAACACUCUGCUAGUCCUAAAGUGUGCUGGUGCCUCUUGGUAUAAGUCUCUGUGAUGUUCGGGCUAGAGAAAGCUUUUGAGUCUCCCAAACGACAGACCAGGAGGGAGAGAACAUGCCAGCUGGGCAUGUGUCUCUGCCAGGUUCCUACUCACGUGUAGGACGCUCCUGACACUGACAUCAUAUAUGAUUGGCAAGUGCUUGGAAUGUGAAUGUGGCUUGUGGGACAAAUAGGGUGGGCCUAAUUGGGCCUGUGGACCAGAGAUUCCUCACUGCCUCUAUAAGGAAUACGUCUUGAUGAAUAGCCCAUUGCCAAAUUUUAUCUUGGAUAAAUGGAAGUGAAUUGUUUACUGAUUUAACAAGGGCAUGUUCUUUCAUUUUUGGAAAGCUCUUCCACAAUACUUUCCAUUCACAAUGUAGAUGGUCACUCUGGAUUGAGUUUAAUUCAAAGGGUAAGGGAGAUUAAACAGUAUGCUGUCUGAUGGCAAUAAAAUAAUAUUGAAGGUACUAGAAGCUAGGGGAGUGUUCUUUUCUAAGAACGUCUUCUCAAGUUGCCAUCAUUUUGUUUUGCAGGUUACUGCUGAAUUACAGGAGAAGGAACAGAAAUUGCAUGAAAUGGAAAUGGUCCUUUCUGCUGUAACACUUGAGAGGGACCAAGCUGUUCAGGAACUUCGAAAGCAUGGUCACACGCCAAAAGGAGUGAAACAGGUUAAAAUUACUUAAUUUCUGUUCCUUAAACUGAACUAAUCCUAAAACAACUCACUUUAUGGUCAGGGCUAGUUCUGUGAGAGAAGCCAUUUUUUUUAUUUAGGCUUUUUAUUUAGGUUUUGUGAUCAAGGGCACACAGUUUUUUUCGGACCCUUUGGAUAUGAGAACAACCUCAACAGUGACAAAAUACAGUGAAACCAUUUCCACAUGGGGUUGGCAUGCAGCUUUCAUGUCACACGCAGUGGUGGCUGGUGCCAGUUGGGACUCAUAGAGCAGAAGGCAGGGAGAGCAGCAAUAGCCAGUGACAGGAGGAGCCAGCUAUUUCUAGUUUUCUCUUCAUCCUCCUCGCUGCUGAGUUCUACAAGGGCAAAACUUGGAUUAAGGAGGAAGAAGCUAAGAGACAGUGCUACCCCCUGGACAGUUGUAAGUAGGAAAUCAAGCAGGUAGGGGCUGGUGGAUAGCGGAUAUAUUGGUGGGUCAGUGCUUAAUUUGUCCUAACGGAGCACUGGCCAUAUGUUAUAUAUCCACAUAUUUGCAUUUCACUGCAUCUGCAGACAUUGGAAAGUCAUGACGAGACAUGGCUUUCCAAUGUACAUGCACUAUGUGUACAUGCAAUAAAGCACACACUCUCCACAGCUGCUAACUUAAAAGAAUGAUUGUGCACUGUUUCCUGUGCAGGAGUAUUUCCAAUGUGGGAAUUGUGCAGCAUUGGAUGCAGCCUUGAGAGAAUUUUUAUAAGACAAUGCAAAGUGGACAGGAAGUCCUGGUGCCCUUACGGUCUAAGCAAAGCAUUAAAAGGGGGAGGUUUUGUAGCCUCUUGUUCUGAAUAAGGAUGAAUUCAAGAUGGAUUUUUUUUCUAGUAGAUUUAUUAUUUUGCAUGGUUAGAGAAGCAAUUGCAGUUUAAAGUUAAUUUAAGCAAUUGUUCAGCAAUUUCUGAAAAUGUGAUUGCAGAGCUAGAUUAUUGCUAAUUUUUGGCAUCUCCUGCUUUUAAUCUUGCAUGUAUUUGGUGUUGUGGUUGCUUUUGAAAGGCUUUGCAUUUCCUGAUAUAAGCUGAAGGAGAGUAGCUUUUUUAUUAUUUGCAGAGUCAUUCUUGCUACCCUCUGCCCUUGAAGAUUGUAGUGUGUGAGUAACUGGCUCUAGUGCCGUUUAUGUACAACCAAAAUAGAAAGUGGCCUGAAAUCUCUCUGCAGAGCUUCCUCCUUAAAUAAUGUAGUGGAUAGUGCUACAGUCAGUUAUCAGGGGAUGCUUUCUAUUUUGGAGUGGUAUGUAGGAAACAUGUUGAGGAGUCUACGCCAGCAGAUCCAAAAGAUUAUGAACUUUCUUUUUCUUUUCUUUUUUAUAUUUAUUAAGUUUCCAUUUUAUCACAUUUAAACAAAUCCUUAUUAUACUCAUUACAUAUUUGCUCAAUCGAACUUUGACUUCCCUCCCUUCCGUCUCAUGGUUUCCAUAAUACAUUAUUACUUCAUAGCAUUUAUACAUUUUCCCAUUUAUGUUUCACUUCUUCUGUUAAUCACAAAUUUUAAAAUAAACAUAAAAAGGUACAAAUUCUUAACCUUGCAAGUUUUCUUACAACAAGCCUGCUACUGUUGUUAAUUGUUUACAAUUGUCCUUCAGAUAUUGUACAAAUUUACUCCAGUCUUUUUGGAAAGCUUAUCUCGCUGGUUUCGGAUUUUCUCGGUUAGCCUUGCCAAUUCUGCAUAGUGCAUCAUCUUCAUCUGCCAGUCUUCUAGCGAUAGAAUUUCCUGUUGCUUCCAUUUUGGGGCUAAAAGAGUUCUUGCUGCUGUUGUCGCAUACAUAAACAGUUUUAUAUCUCCUUUGGGAUCUCAUUCCCUACUAUACCUAACAGAAAUGCCUUUGGUUUUUCACAAAUGGACUUUUAAACAUUUUAAACUCAUUAUAUAUAAUUUCCCAGGAAGCUUUUACCGUACUACAAGUCCACCACAUGUGAUAAAAAUCCCCCUCCUUUUCUUUACAUUUCCAACAUUCCUUAUUUUUCAAUCAAGUUUUAUUGAAAGUUUUCAACAUAAAAUACAAUAAAAGCCAAACUAAUCUAUAGAAAACAGAUAAAAAAGAGUAAAGAGAGAGAAUAGAAAAGAAGGAAGGAAAGGGAGAGAAAAUAAUGGAUACAACACCCUCUAUCACAAUUAUAUAUUAAGCCUUAUUCCACACACACAUUCCACACAGAAGGAUAAACGCUCCCAUCUCUCACCUGGCAGCUUCCCCCUCUUUCCCCAGCCUCCCAGCCUGGGAGAUCCUCUCUGCUCUGCCCUCACAAAGGACCCUUCAUCUUCCAUUCAUCACCUUCCUGGGUGUAUCUUCCUUAAUCCAAAAUAAACUUUAUAAAUUUUUUUUGAGGAAUUGCCUAGAAAAGAAAGUAUACUUACACUGCUGUAUGAAACAGUACACAAUGGCCACAUUCACAUGUUAUACUAACUCAGUCUAUAUAAGUUUUUUUUUUUUUAAAUCACAAUGUAGAUGAGCAGUUGAGUGGGGGACGAAGCCACAGAACAGCUGGAUUAGGGUUACAUCUGAACCAGCACUGAUGGUUUGUUUCUCUCUAAACAAACUCUGAUUUGAAGAGGGGAAAGUAUUCCUCCACCCCUUGACUUCCUGAUCAUAAACAAACCAUAGGCUUUGUUUUGAAUGUAACCCUAAAACAGUCACCCCAUGGUUUGUUUUCCCAUUCAGCUAAGGUAGGAGCAAAGCAGGAAAGCUUGGCUGCACAUGCACAUUAUAGUAAAAAAUACCCCAGCCCUCCAAUCUGCUGUGCUUGGUGUUAACUACUGAAUUAGCAUUAUUUUUUAUCUGGCCAGUGUCUGGAUAGCAUAAUACAUAUAUUUUAGAAGGGCUAGAGGGAUUAUUUCAUGGUCCAGAAUGAGCAGAUGAAAUAUAAAAGUAUAAUAUGAAAACAUUCUUGGGGAAAUGACUUCUGGCCAAAUAAGAAAGCAAUGCGCUGUUAACAUUUAUUUAUUUUUGGGGAGGAGGGGUAACAGUUCCAUGACCGCUUACUAUGUUGGUAGGAAGACAAGUGUGAGCAGUCAUGAAUUGCCCUAGCAGUAUGACUAAGUAGACAAUGGUAUGUGUCAGGGAACUGACAUCGGAGCGAGAGGUGAAGGGGAGGCUCCUAGAUGAUGCUGGAGAAGGACCCAGCAGCAGGGGGAGAAACAGCUCAGUGGAAGGGGAAGCAUUUAAGCGCAACACCAGGGAUAAAGGGGGGCAGAUGGGGGAAUCGGAGAGAGGGCUCCAGGACUCUUCACUGGAACUCAGUGAGGAGGGGACAGGUCCUCCGCUACCCACGCCCUCCCUGCGCAGAAGACUCCCGCGCAGUGAGAGGAGGAGGAGACUGGGUGUCAGACAACUUUUAUGUUGGAAGAGGUUCAAGAAACGCCCACUGACGGAUUCUGCCAGCGACUGAGGCAGUCACAAUUAGAAAGGGCUGUUCGGUCAGAAAGGUUUAACAAGGCAAAUUAGCCUAGAGAGGCACCAGUUUAUGCACGAGUAACUCAUACUCAUCACAGUAUGUUAUACUAACUACAACAAAAGAACACCAGAAAAUAAUGUGAAUACAUUUGCUGGUUGAACUUAGAAUGUAGCCUAAAUUCCCCCAUGCAUAGUGUCUCUGGCUACAAAAUUUUCAAGCAUGAGUUCCAUGUUAAAAAAAAAAGCAAAUAUAGAAAUUCAUAGGUAGUUUUAUGCCUACAGUUUUCUAGUGCUGUACAAAGAUUAAAAAACAAAAAUGUUUCCUGUCCACAGACUUACAAUGUAAUAGACAUAGAAUCAUAGAAUUGUAGAGUUGGAAGGGACCUUGAGGAUCAUCUAGUGACACCCCUGAUACAAAAGGAUAAAGGAAAGGAAAAGGAAAACAAGCAAGUGUUGUAGGUCAAAACUGGUAGAAGAACAAAUGCAUUUCCAUGAGUAAUACAGAUUCCUCAUUGUCGUGUGCAGAGGUCUAAUGAAUGCCUAAAAGCUAUAUUAUGUUUUCUUCUUGGUGGUUUGACAGCUUGCCAACCUAUUUUUGUAGCAUAUUUGACUCCAACAUGAUUCUGUAAUAAAGGGCUAGUCAUUUGUAUCUAUAUCAAAUAACUCUGUAAUUCACUUUGGUUCAGCAGGACACCUUGAGAACACCCAUUUAAAGGCCUUUAUACACUUAGUGAAUACCAGACACAUAUUUACUGAAUAAAAAUUAUGGUCACCUGAAUUUAUACAGUCAUCAAAAUAUAUGCACAUUCAUCUAUGAAAUAUGAGCAGUGAUUUAGCAUUAUCGUGAUAUGCCCUUGUGUGAAUUGUACUGAUAUGUGAUUGGAUCCUGAUAACAAAAAGUACUCUUUCUCUUAUCCAUCUGAUCUUAAGGGGCAGGAUGGAAGUUCUAUACAAGGGUAUGAGAUUGGAACGGGCUGGAUGUGACUGAACAAGCUGAAACUAAAUCCAGAAAGGUGGAUGUACAAGUGGUUGGGGCUCCCUUUUGAUCCCAAUUCAAGCUGUUGUUAUUAGCCAUUAAAGCCCUAAACCUUCUGAGACUAGACUAUCUGACAAAUUGCCUCCAGCCACAUGAGCCCGUUUAUGCACUAAAAUCACCAUCAUUCUGAAGCUAUGCUCAGUGUUUCCCUGCCAACUGAAGUAUGGUGGCUGAGCACUGAAGACAGGGCCUUUCCAGUCACAACACCCAAAACUGUGCCAUGCCCUCCUGAAGGAGGCCUGCUUGGGCCCCUCAUUUCUUGCCUUUCAAUAAGUAGCAAAUACUUAUUUCUUGCAGCAGCUGUUUGACUUCAAGUUGCUGUCAGCUUUGAUGUUCAUCUUGGAGGUUUGCUCAUUUCCCAGUUCUUGCUCAUGCUAAGUACAGCAGUGCCAGUGAGCUAGAGCUAGUGACCAAAGCCUGUUUAAAUCCUCAGUGCUGUGCUCUGUUUUUACCAUGAUUGCCAUCUGUAAUAUCAAUCCCUACACCAGUUUUAAAUCUGUCUUGGCAUAUGAAUGACUGAGAAAUGUCAUACUAUUUCCAAGUAGAUAGGCUCUGAUCUUUUAGUGAUCGUAUGGCUUUCACUGAUAAUGACCUUUUUCUGCACACAGUAGCUAAGUGGUACUGUAUUGCGAAAGACUAUUUUGAAUGUUGAAUGAUGAUAGAGGUGUAUUUGCUGCACUCUAGUGGUUGGUACCUGUUCAAAAUACAAAUAUCCAUCCUGUAAAUCCGGAAAGUGUUCGAAAAGGUGGUCAGUUUGAAUGAUUUCAUAAUACAGGAACUUCUUCCCUAUUCGGAUCCAGCUGUCUUCCACACAAUUUCAUUCAGGCAUCACCUUAAAACUUUUUUUUCUUUGCAGGCACAGUAAGGGUGGCUCUGUUUGAUAUAAUUAUAUCACUGAUGGUUUUACGCUUUAAUAAUUGUAUUUCAGAUUAUAUUUUCUAUUUUGUUUUUAAUGUUGCUCAACAAGAACAACAUUGUGGUGUUGUGUUGUGUUGUGGUGACAUCUGGUAUAAGGUUACCAGAUUUUUUUCAAUGAAUCUGGGGACACUUUUCAACUUCAAUGGAUUUUGUAUGCGGACUGAUUUGUAAAUCCGGGGACUGUCCCCGGGAAAUGGGGACGUCUGGUAACCUUAAUCUGGUCAUCAUAUUGCACAUACUCAGCAUGUUAAAUGGUGCUCAAAGGGCAUUGGUAGGGUUGGGAACAAAACACACUUUGGGGCCUGCUCUCUGACAUGUUUAUUCAGCUAUCAUCAACAUUCAAAACAGUGUCCUACAACAUCUCUUUCCUAUUGUGUGUGAAAAAGGUCAUUGUUGGUGAAAUAUGUAUGAGCUCCACAAGAUGAGAACCUGUCUAUACAACAUAAAUUGGUUGGAGUUGUGGUCAGCUCACCUUGCUAUCAAAUACUUUGCCGAAGAGAUAGACCUCAAGAAUGUUAUCUUGCUCAGUACCAGCACAAAAGUGUAUUUGAACCACCAGGGCAGGUCACAGGUUUCUAGAUAGGGAGGCAGAGGACCUCUUCUGUUGAGCCGGUCAAUCUCAAAUCAUUCAUUCAUAGCACAGCAUAUCAAGGGGGAUGACAGUCAGACAGAAGAUUAUCUAAGCACACGCCUUCUGCCAACUCCAUUCCACCAGCACCUCUUGGGAUCCAAACCAAUAUACUACCCUGAACCUGUGGGGCUGCUGUCAUGUAACAUAUUCAAGUUGUCAUUCAAAUCAUUAAUGCAGCUUCACAAGUCUUAGAGCAGUACAGUUCAUCAUACAUACUUUGCAGCAUUGGUCCUUUUUCUACUGUGCACAUGGCAGACUAUUAUAAUUAUUUUUCUUUAAGAUACUAUGCUUUCUUGGUGCAUUUUACUUGCGUGCUUGAGUCCUUUCAGGGUGUAAUUCUUGUUUGUUUCUUUAAUUGUUUGGUUACCAUGCAGGAUACUGUAGGAACCACUGAACUAGGUUUUCCUUCUGCUGAUAUGAAGAGGUUACAAGAGCAAAACAGUACCUUGCGAUCUGUUAUUGCAGAAAUGAGGAGAGAAAUGGAGACCCUUAAUAUUCAGGCACUUUCAUCUGACCAAAGCAAAAUGGAAGCACAAGAUGCUGGUAAGGCUGAUGCUACUGUAGUUUCUUGUACUGCUGGUAAUGUUGAUUGGGUUAAAUAUUAACUGCAGAGUGUAUAUGCCCAUUUCUAUACUUUUCUUUUAACAAGCGCUUCCCUUCUCCUAGCACUCAUCAUCUUCUUAACAUAAAUGUUUAUAUUCAUAUUUCAGUUGUCUCAUACAUUUCCGCUAAUGAAACAUACAAGGCAUUCUCAAAGAUCUUCAAUCCAUAGCAAAAAGUUACCAUGAUCAUAUGAUAGAUAAAAAUCAAAGCUACAUUUGAACAAAUGGGGAUCAUUGCAGUUACAUUUUGAGGGCAGGAUCAGCACAGCCAAAACUAAUGUUUUACUGAGACAGUAUAGUUACAGCAAAACAUUCCUAUGAGAAUAAAUCCUAAAGUUAUAAAAAAAAGUGGGGAAAGUGAAAAUCAUUUGAUAAAAUGGCUUUCAGUUCUUGCACAAACAAUUACACAUCUUGCACAGUAUUACACAUUUGCAACUGUGUAAACUGAAAGAGACAGCAAGAUUGAUCUUGCUUUGCUGUAAUCCCACAUCAGGCACUUUAUUUAAAGGCUGCCUAAAUAUUAAGAACAGUAUCAAACUUAAAUUACACUAGCUUAAUCAUGACCACCAAAAGCCAGGCCAGCAUUGGUUCCCGUAGCUUCAAGACUUUUAAUGGAUGGGAAGCCGUAUACAUGUACCAAGUUGGUGAACUGGUAGAAUAAUUAAGAGGGACCACCUGCUGAUAUAGUGCAGGCUUUCUUUGGAGUAUGCCCUGUCCUUCCCCUUGGAAUGAUGCAGCUGCUAUAUGCUAGCCAGGGCUGGCCCUACCAUUAGGCAUUCCUUGGGGAAAGUAAUUCUUAUUUGCACACACAAUGAGCCUUUGAAUACUUUAUUCACACCUGCAAAGUACCUGGCUGAGAUAGUUGUCUUUAUUUUUUGCAGACUAUGUUAAAUCCUUGGAAGAGGAGAUCAGAGUAUUGAAGAACAAAUGUGAAGACAUGGACAAACAACAUGAAGAUGCACCUGAAGUUCAUGGAAAGUUAUCUGUAUCUUCUCUGAAAUCAUCCAGUUGUGAUAAAAAUACUCAGACUUCCUACCACAUUACCAUUGGACAAGACAGUAAGAGAAACAUGUUAACAGAUCUGCUUAAAAUAUGAUAAAUUUCCUAAAAGAGAGUUUUACUUCUGUCAAAGAAAAUUCAUGAAAACAGUGUUUGGGUCAUCGUUUUGUAUACAUGUGGAUCACAGUGUUCAUGCUUUUUUUCUUCAUGGAAGAACUUUCCAUGUGCGAAAGCCACCUUUUGUAGCCCUGGAAGGUCAAUACAAUUUCCUUCUAAAAACAGUAUGCUGAUUUGUUUUAUACCGUAGAAUUUAUACACAGGUCCUGAAAUAUCAGGGAUAUGUGUGUGAAAUUAUUGAUAUUUUCUAAACCCAGUUUUCCUUGCAGCCAUUUUAUUUCCCUGUAAAUAAACCGUAUGAUUAUUCUGAUAGGUAAAUUUCCUUGAUAUUUAACAGAAUAAUCAAACAGCUUUUCACAAUAAUGGACCUGUUUUUCUUUACCCUAAUACUGUAUAUAUAUGGCAUGUGAACAGGAAAGACAUGUUUAUGGUAAUAUUUAGCAUUCUGCACCAACUCAGCUUGCUGCCUGCUUUAUCUGCUCUUUGUUUUUCAGGUACAUUGCAUCCAGAUGAAGUUACUACCAAGAAUUCUUUGGAAAGGCAAAGCAUAAAGAAAAAUCCUCAGAUGGAUUCAGUGAGAACACAAGAAACACAAGUGGUAGGAAAAUGCUGAAUCUUUGUGCUCUUAUGAUUAUAAAAUAAUGUUUUCAAGGGAACAAAGUUAUAAUAGCCAAUCAAUGGUUGGGAAUAUGGGCUUCUUUUAUUCGUAAUAAAGCUAGUACUUAGUUUUUUAUAUAUUUGCUGUAAGAAGCAUCAUAUUCUCUGGUCACAGCACUCUCUCAUACAGUGGUACCUCGGGUUACAAACUUAAUUUGUUCCGGAGGUCCGUUCUUAACCCAAAACCAUUCUUAACCUGAGGCGUGCUUUCGCUAAUGGGGCCUCCUGCUGCUGCCACCCCGCUGCUGCACGAUUUCUGUUCUCAUCCUGAAGCAAAGUUCUUAACUUGAGGUACCAUUUCUGGGUUAGCGGAGUCUGUAACCUGAAGCAUCUGUAACCUAAAGCGUCUGUAACCCAAGGUACCACUGUAUAUAUAUAUGGAGAGAGUAAUAUAAUUACAAACAAAAGACACCAUCAAAUUAGUAGCUAACUUUUAGAAACGUGAUUUCUCUUCUCAUCCAGGGGCAAAGUUCUCAACCCGAGGUAACUCUUCCAGGUUAGUGGAGUUUGUAACCCGGUGUUUGUAACCCAAAGUGUUUGUAACCUGAGGUACCACUGUAUUUUAAUCUAAAAGUUAGAAUCUGUACUUAUCCAUCAACUUCCACUAGGAGGCACUGUAACUCUAUGUAUCACAGUUAUUCCAGUCUACCCUAGUACAUGAAUGACUAUCAUAAGAGGGCUGGUCUAAUUUAACUGAUACUGGUUGCAAAGGAGAAUAGCUUGUAUUAUUCCAUCAUACUGUGGGGGAUGAAUCAUUUGGCUAAAAUUGCAGCUAUUCAAUCUGAAAGGGAUAAGAUUUAUCCUACUUUACUAUAUUCCCAAGUAUUUUUUCCACAUCAGACACCUCCAGUUUUACAUAAUGUCAACCACAGUAUCAAACUUGAAUCAUACCAGCCUAACCAUGGCCACCAAAUGUCGGGCCCAAAAGGACUCACUUAGCUUUGAGAUUUUCCAUGGAAGAGAAGUCACCAGUAGUGCUUCUCUGCACAUCCUUCAUGAACCAAGUUGGUGAACAGGUGGAAUAAUUAAGAGGGGUCCCAUGCUCUCAGGGGAGAUAAGAGAUCACAAUGAGGUAUAGAUUUACAGGCCUCAAGCUAUUUGGAAUAUUUAGCUUAGAGGCAGCACGUUGCAUUUUGUGUCCAGAAGGCUCAGGAACCAGCAUUGGAGAUGAAAUGCUGAUACAGUGCAGGUUUGCUCAGGAGUGUGUCUUUAUUGGGAUGAUGUUUCUGCUGUAUACUAGUCAGGACCGGCUCUACCAUUAGGCAGAGUAAGGAGGCUGCCUCUGGUGGCAGAUGCUGGGUGGGGUGGGAAGCAGCAGCAAAGUGCUGGGGGGCAGAGAAGAAGAAGAAGAAGAAGAAGAAGAAGAAGAGGAGGAGGAGGGGGAGGAGGAGUUUGGAUUUGAUAUCCCGCUUUAUCACUACCCGAAGGAGUCUCAAAGCGGCUAACAUUCGCCUUUCCCAUCCUCCCCACAACAAACACUCUGUGAGGUGAGUGGGGCUGAGAGACUUCAGAGAAGUGUGACUAGCCCAAGGUCACCCAGCAGCUGCAUGUGGAGGAGCGGAGACGCGAACCCAGUUCCCCAGAUUACGUGUCUAUCGCUCUUAACCACUACACCACACUGGCUCACAUAACUUACCUAUUGUUUGCCCUCUAAGCUAGCCUUAGUAAUAUUCAGCUGCCCAUCUAGUCAUUCUCUAUACAUGGAAUAGGAAGAGGUGCCAUUUUGUCCUUCACUUCAGGCAGCAAAAUGUCUUGGGCCAACUCUGACCCUGGCAGAUUAAGGAGCAAUCAGUGCUGCAUGGGGUCUCCCCAUUUCAGAGGGCUAUAGAGUAGAAGUAGCCUCCAAAGUGGUGGCUUCAUUUCUCAAGACACUCUUCAGCACUUCUCAUGGCACACAUUUUGGGAUUAGUAUAGGAAUUUCAUUUUUGUUUUGGUUCAUACAACACACUAUUUAAGACUGCAAUCUUUUUAUGCUAGCUGUCAUUUGGGCAUAGAUUUUAUUCAUUAUAAUGGAAUAUAUAUCCUGCCAAAAAUUCACUUCAUUUAUUUUGAUCCUUGUCAUUUAUUCUUCUAGAAUUUAGUGACCAGGAAGCUUCAGGAGGACUCUGUACAUCUCAGGCAACAGUUAUUUGGCAUGGAGGCUGGUGAUGGACCCCAUCAACUUAUAGGAAACCAUGCACAAGUGAGGCAAGGUAGAUUGAAGGAAGCUGUGAGAAAGAUCUGCAGUUUGAGCAAAGAGAAGCAUCAGCUACUAGAGAUGGUAAACAGACUAAGAGCAGAACUUGGAGCAGCUUCAAAGGAAGGUAAUCUCAUUAAGGUAGAAGGAUCUUGGUUCUUUUAUGAGAAAUUUAGCUUCCUGAGAUUGAGAACAGUAGGAAACUGAAGUGUUGUCUGUAGGCUCUUUGCUGAGAUUAAGAAAUCCCAGUUAUCACUUGAGAAUGAAGUACUAGUAAUUAAGUUGCGCCAAGUAUUGAAUAUGGUAGAAAAGCAUGAACAGAGUAUUUGUUUCUUACUCUUGGCUUUGGAAACCUUCAGUACUGGCACUGAAAGGUUAAGGUGGCAGCUGCAUGUUGCAUAACAGCAAAGAACUAUGUUAUGUACUUAUCAUGUAUUUUUGAAUAUUCCUGAAAUAAGCAGUUGUAUGUUUGAUUUUCUUUCCUGGAAAUAAACAAUGCAGAAUGAGAUUAUUGUUUAACAAAACUGAGGCCUAAAUGGAAGCCUUGUAUGAGAAUUUCAUUUCAAAGUUUGUGUUCCGUGGCCCAGCUUCUUUGAAUGAAGUGAAGAGGUGAAGGUCAUUGCUUGGAAAAGAUUUUCCCAGGCUAGUUUCUACACAUCUCUUUAAACUUACACGCUGAUACACUGCCACAUCAGUGUAAUUCAUUUACAGCUGUGAGCAGCAGUUUCUUGUAGGCAAGAUAUUUUCUAUUUUAAAAUGUCAUGUUAAAUGCAAUGUGGAAAACUCCUACCUAUUUAUUUUCUUAGGAUUUCUAGGCUCUCAGGACUUCAAGAUUUCAAAGCAUCCUCAGGGUCACACUUCAUCUUGUGCCCUACAUCCUAAAGAACUUGUCAGGGAGACUAAGCACCGUCUUCUGGCUUUAGAGCACCUCCAGUACCAGCUUACGACACAGGUAAUGUAGGCUUCUCCUUUAGGCAACAUGUCAGUACUUGCUGUAUGUGCAGAACCUCUGGAGUAUUGCCAUAAGGCCUGGUUCGGAGGGAAGCCUGUCCUGAGAAUGCCAUGCCCUCUCCUGGUCACAGCAAUGACUUUGUGCAAACUGUGGACUGGAGAGUGACAUGCAGUAUGCUUUCACUAUGCAUGUUUUACAGGUAGAGUGGCUGUAUCCCCUCCCUCCCUCAAGCAAAAUUUUUAUACCCCACCCAAGAUCUCACUGAUUUCGAGAAAUAAAGUAGACACAGCACAGGGGUUGGCAGAAAGGUUUAAGUAUCUCCACCCAGUCCAGUGCUCUGAUGGGGGUACAAAUCAUCCGUUCCUAGUCUUCCUAGUUAAUUUCAUGAGCAGAGAGGGGGAAAUAACCUGCUUGUGACCACACUGCAGAACUGGCAUCCAGCCCCUGGAAGAUUGACCAAGGUGAAUGCAGCCCUUGCACCAAAGAAGAUUAACUAUCUCUGUGUAUAGCAAUCACUUCCAUGGCAUGCUGGAACACAGUUGACUGCAACUCUGACUUUUCUAUCAUGAUCAGAGACAGCUCAAAGUAUUGGAGGAAUGUGAUAUUACAAAGUUUGAGAUGAAGAUGUCAACAGAUCUAUUUGGUGAUCAUUUUUAUGCACUAAGAAGGACCCUGGGAUUACUGUGAUUCCCAUGAGUCCUUGGAGUCAAUGACCUACAUGAAGCAAGCCUAGGGAGACGGUCAUACUGUAGAGCAGCCAACUGGCUCAUGAUGUAAAAUUAAACCAACAGAAUUGGCUGCUCUGUCCAGUGCCUCUCUUCAGUUUGCAAAGGUAGUGAAGUCCAUAGCUAGUCACCUCUUUCAGUUAUGGGAAGAGAUAAAGAACAGGGAAGUUAAAUUCUAUUUUAGAAUUUCUGUGAAAUGAAGCACCAUUGAACUCGAUGGAGCUUACUUCUGGGUAGACAUGUAUAGGAAUGUAAUAUUAGGAUGGGGGGGUGGACUGAGGAGAGGAAUUGAUUGGUUGCUUUUGCUCAUUUUAAUAAAAAUAUAUGCUAUUCAGCCGUUUGAAGCCUAAUUGAUUAAAAGAGAACAACAAAUAGAUUAAGACUGUUACACACACACACACACACACACACACACACACACAGUGGUACCUCGGGUUAAGAACUUAAUUCAUUCUGGAGGUCCGUUCUUAACCCGAAACUGUUCUUAACCUGAGGUACCACUUUAGCUAAUGGGGCCUCCCACUGCUGUUGCGCCGCCCCACGAUUUCUGUUCUCAUCCUGAAGCAAAGUUCUUAACCCAAGGUACUAUUUCUGGGUUAGCGAAGUCUGUAACCUGAAGCGUAUGUAACCUGAAGCGUCUGUAACCCGAGGUACCACUGUAUAUAUAUGGAGAGAGUAAUAUAAUUACAAACAAAAGACACCAUCAAAUUAGUAGCUAACUUUUAGAAAAUGUAGGCAAACUGAAGUGCUGUAGUGAUAAAAAGGGCUUUUAUGAGAAGACAAGGCUUUUGGGAGCACCAGCCCAGCCUUAGUAAAAAACAACAACAACAAAAACAACAAAAUCUUACAGUGAUCCCUUAUUAAAAUAUUUAUAAGCAAUAUAGAAUUGUUUUAGUUUUGUAACUGAAGAGAAUUAAUUGAUGGUACACUGAAUUGCAUGUGUUGUAAAUGCUCCAGUUUGUUAAUGGGGUUUGACAUGCAUAACCGGAUCAUGGCUGCAGUCUUCCAGGGCAGUGCAAUAACCAGAGUUUGGGAUUGUAUGUAGAAAAUCAGUUUUGACCACCACUGUUAGUGGAAGUACGUUAGGGAAUGAGAGCUUUAUCUGUUCUUUUUCUGAGAAUAUUAGUGCUUAACUUGUCCCAUUUUAUUAAAACAUAUUUCUAGAGAAUUGAGAAAGAAGCUUGUAAUAAAUCAAAGCUACUAAUUUAGACUGUUUCUUUUCAUGGCAGGAGUUACAGUAUGCGCAGAGAAAGCAUGCCUCAGGAAAGUGUCCUUAUUUUGUUGAGAACUUAAAUACUGAAAAUCUCCUGAGAAGCAGCAGCUGUAGUGAAGAAGCAGAAAUCCCUAUGAAACAGGUAUAGUCCAACAUAUUAUAUUCAAAUACCCACCCCCAAGCUGCUUCCUUCCAAUCAGUGUUUAAAAUAUUUGUUUAUUAUUUGUAUUUAUAGGUGUUUAACCUUCUAUUGCUUUGCUUCCCCGUAGCUCUGUUUGUUUGUUACAUUUGUAUACCACCCUUCAUCUGAAGACCUCAGGGUAGUCCACAGCAUAAAAUACAAAAUAAAAACACAAAAUACACGUGAAAAACAAGAACAAACCAAACCAAUAACCCCCUCCUCCCACAUUAAAAGACAUAGAAUGUCUGGUUGAAAAAGAACAUUAUUGCUUGGGGCCUAAAUAUGUAUAUUGAAGGCGCCAGGUGAGCCUCCCUGGGGAGAGGAUUUCACAAAUGGAGCCAUUGCAGAAAGGCCUAUUCUUGUGUUGCCACAUCAUGUGGAGGAGGCACAUGAUGAAAGGCCUCAAGAUGAUGAUUGCAGUUCAUAUGGAGAGAGGUGGUCCUUGAGGUAUUGUGGUCCUGCGCAUGUAAGGCUUUAUAGGUCAACACCAGAACUUUGAAUUGGGUCCAGAAACUAAUUGGCAGCCAGUGCAGUCAGGCCAGGAUCAGUGUAAUAUGCUCAGACUGUCUUGCCUCGGUGAGCAACCUGGCCACCAAAUUCUGCAUCAGCUCAAGUUUCCAAAUCAUCUUCAGAGGCAACCCCACAUAUGUCCAAACACUUCUCUAUCUGUGAUCUUAAAUCAUCCAGCUUCUUCACCUCUCGGCACCCAAAUGUCUUGUGUUCCCUGAAACAACUCUGCCUUAUUCCCCUUGCUCCCUGUUAUGGAUGGAACUAUCUCCCUGAACUGAAUUUCCAUGUGACCAUCUCCUUAACUUACUUCAAAUCCCUCACAAAAAUUCCCUUUUUUUAUGAAGCCUUUUGAACAACCUCCUAGAGACCCAAUGCUCUACUUUAACUAAGCUGAAGUAUAGUUAACUGGAAUCAUUGUAUAUUUUCCACCUGUUUACCCCUGCCUACAUUUCUCUCCCCUUCUUCUGUUUUUCUCUUGUGUCUAUUUUUGCAUUGUAAACCCUUUGGGAUAGGAACACGUCCCCUUGUUCUUUGUAAAUAAAGCACGCUGUAUGUAGAUGGAGCUAUAAUCAAGCUAAUAAAAUAAUGUUGAACCCCAUUGGACAGAAAACCAUGUGGAGAUGCAAUUUGGAACAGAAUCCCCACAAACAGGAAAAGAACUAAGCACUUCCCACUGUUUCUUCACUCCAUAUUUAACUCCCCAAGCUGCUUUUACAUAGUAAGCCCCAUAGCAUUGGAGUUCUAUGUGACAUGUAGUUAGCCCCUUUGUAUGCUAUUAGUAGUGUUAUAUCAAGCUUAGUUUGUCUUUAUAUUGGAUGUGAAUUUCCAGGUCAUUCAGUUAUGAAAUAUCAGUCCCAACCCAUCUUAAACCCAUCUUGACGGGUGAGUUUGACAUCAAGACUAGGAAAGGUCCUUGAACAGAAAAGUAAACAGACUGUGAGUACUUAGGAAAAGUUGCUGUGAUUACUAAGACCCAGCUUGGGUUUCUCAAAAACAAGUCAUGCCAGACAAAUGUCAUUUCUUUUUUUCUUUUUUUUAUAGAAUUACAAGCUUAGUAGAUCAGGGGAAGGUUGUGAACAUAGUGUAUCUUGAUUUUAGUAAGGCUUUUGACAAAGUCCCCCAUGAUAUACUUGUGGAAAAACUGGUAAAAUGUGGCUGGACAAGGUAACCAUUAGGUGAAUUUGUAACUGGUUGACUGACCAAACCCAAAGAGUGCUCAUUAAUGGUUCCACGUCAUCCUGGGGGAAAAGUGACAAAUGGGGUGCCACAGAAUUCUGUCCUGGGCCUGUUGUUGUUCAGUGUCUUUAUAAAUGACUUGGACAAAGGAAUUGAGAGGAUGCUCAUCAAAUUUGCAGAUGACACCAUUCUUUGCUAAUGCCACAGAAGACAAAGUUGGGAUGACCUUAACAGAUUGGAGAACUGGGUCCAAACUAACUGAAUGAAAUUCAAUAGGGACAAAUGUAAGGUUCUACAUUUAGGCAGGAAUAACCAGCUGCACAUUUAGGCAGGAAUAACAAGCUGCACAAACACAAAGAUUGGGUGGGGGGCACCUGGCUUACCAGAAGAACAUGUGAAAAGGAUCUAGGGGUCUUAGUAGACCAUAAACAUAACCUGAGGAAGGAAACAUUGUUAGCCAUACAAGCCUACCCUUGGCUUUUGGUAUUUUCAGCUCAUUUCCAGAUGUCAUUGAUCCCUGAUCAUUACUGAGGGCAUACUGUCAUUUCCACAGGUUCAGUCAGAAUCAAUUGUUGGAAAUCGUGUUGCAGAUUCCCCAAGGCAUGAAACCUUAGUUCCACACCAGUCUCAACUACUUACAAAAGAAAGUCCCAGCCGACUCCAGCAAGGCCUGUUGUCAUCAUCUGGUACUGCUGGCUCCCUGGAGGAAAUCUGGCAGAUUCUAGAGAUGGGAUCAAGCCCUUCUAUUCUCAGCCCCCAAAGCAACAAAGAGCAAGGUAAGCAUGGUAUAGAAUGAAGUGGCUAUUUAAUUUUGUAUUCGAGUCAGGUACUGUACAGCAGUUUCUUGACGCAUUAUACCAGUAGACGUUGGAAUGCCUCUGCCCUACUUAUGGUGCAAUCCACAGUGUUUUUGCUCUUUGUUUGCCAAUUUUGAAAUGAGUGGAGAAUACAUGCACGCAUGCCCUAUUAAUAGAUGUCUGUAGUUUCAGCUCCACUACUUACUCUAGUACAGUGGUUUUCAAACUGUGCUCUGCAGAACUUUCCCAAAAGACAUAUUGUCCUUCCCUACUGACUUUCUACUGCAAUAUUAGCAGGGAGUGCAAUCCCUUCUCUUGGAUCCCAAUAAGCCUGCAUGUACCCCAGAUGAACUAAUGUUGUGCCCAGAGCUUAUUCCAAUAGCCUCGGUAUUGGAUAGAGAUCCAAGAUUGGUGCUCAGGGAUUCUUUGACAGACAAGGCAACUUCCUACUCCUUGAGAUUAGAAAAUUAGAAAAUUACUCUUUCUAGUACUGGGAACCAGCCAUCCACCCUUUACUCUAGUUUUAUAUAUAACUUUGAGACUGCUGCAGAAAGGCCAUUUUGAGAUUAUCAGGUAAGCUUGUUAGAGACACACUAUCACUGUUCUCAGUUAGUUAUAUAAUUCAGCACAUUAUUCCACUUUUGAUAAAAAUCUCCCAAGGAAGAAAUGUAAAUAUUCAUUGCCUAUCCUCAUGACAUGAGCUUUGUUUGGAGCAGAUAUAAAAGCACAGCUUUAAUAUAUUCUGAUGCUGACUUUAUAAAAGGUGAAGUUAUUAUGAAUUAGUUCUUUGUAUUAGAGUAAAAAAUCUCAGAAAUAAAUUUCGCCAGGCAUAGUGAAAUGUACAUAUUAGAACUGUGAUUGUAAGCCUUGACUGCAUUUGCACAUUCACAGUAUUGCAAACCAUAAUAAAUGGUUUACCAUGAAUGUGCAAGUGGCUCCUGCUUUGUUCCUUCCCUAAUGUGGGUGGAAUCUGAACAGUCAUAAUAUGAUGCCAAAGUUUGUUUUGGAAUCCACAAUUAUGAGGAUCAACACUAAGCCAGGGAAUGUGGUUUGCUGCUUCCACCCACACUUGAGGAGGAAUGAAGUCAGAGCAACUUACAUGUUCACUGUAAGCUGUUAACUAUGGUUUACUGUGAUGUGCAAACAUGGCCAUUGCUUAAGUCUUCAGUUCUUAACAUAUUAAAAUUACACUGAAUUCAGCUGAACGUAAUGCAAUCAUGCAUAUUUAGGACUGAACUGCUAAUGUCUGGCCAAGAGCUUUCUAUAUAUUUAGGAAGGAAACCAAGGCACAAAAUGAACACUCAAGCCCUUCAAGAUCCUAUUACGUGGGAUUGCUUCCAAACGACUCUUAAGGACCAUCUGCUUUUGGAGUUUCCUGACAACAUCGAGGAACACUGGACCAAGCUUAAAACAUCCAUUAUUGCAGCCUUUGAACAAACUAUUGGAUAUCGAACCAAUAAACACCAGGACUGGUUUGAUGAGAAUGGCCAUGAGAUUGAAUGCAUUAUUGACAAGAAAAGGAAGACCUUUCUGAUCUGGCAAAGAGAUAGAAACUGCACCACUAAGAAAAAAACCUAUGUUGCCGCUAAGGCUGAGGUUCAAAGAAGAAUAAGAGAACUAAAUAACACCUGGUGGAUAAAAAAAGCUCAAGAGGUCCAGCACUUAGCCGACACUCAUGAUGCACAGAGUUUCUUUAAAGCCCUAAGACCAUCUAUGGGCCAAUAAAUCAUGGCAAUAAAUCAUGCCUCCUAUGCUCAACAGACGGUACCAAACUUCUGAAAGAUAAAGAAGCUCUUGCACUGUGCUGGAAAGAACAUUACCAGCAUCUCCUUAACCACAACUCCCCCAUAGCUGCUGAGGUCCUCUCACAAAUUCCACAAAAACAAAUUAGAGAUGAGCUUGCAGCAUCUCCAAAUCUGGGAGAGUUAUGUACAGCUAUUAACUAAAUGAAAAACAACAAAGCCAGCGGACCUGAUGGGAUACCUGCCGAAGUCUUCAAAGUAGGUGGAAUUGAACUUACACAACAACUUCACAAGCUCAUCGAAAAAACAUGGGAGAAAGAGGUGGCCCCAGCAGACUUUAGGGAUGCCUAAAUUAUCAAUCUCUUUUAAAAAGGUGACAGAACAGAUUGCAGAAACUAUCGAGGCAUCUUUUUAUUAGCUGCGGCUGGAUCUUAGCAAACCAUCUCCUAAAAAUAUCUGAGGCUACCCUUCCUGAAUCCCAACAUGGUUUUCGACCUUUGAGGAGGACAGUGGACAUGAUUUUCACUGCUUGACAUCUUCAAGAAAAAUGCAGAGAGCAAAACCAGCCCCUGUAUAUGGCAUUCAUUGACCUGACUAAGGCCUUUGAUGCUGUAAAUUGUAAUGCCCUGUGGACUGUCCUUCUGAAAAUCGGCUGCCCAGAUAAAUUUGUGAACAUCCUUCAGCUCCUCUGUGACCAUAUGACAGCAACAAUCGCAGAUAACAGUGGCUCUCAAAGUGAACCAUUCACAGUAAGAUCAGGUGUUAAACAGGGUUGUGUUAUUGCCCCAACUCUAUUAUUUUCAUCGCCAUGAUCCUAUACUUUGUUGAAGGGAAACUCCCCACCAGAGUAGAAAUCAUAUAUCAAACAGAUGGAAAGCUCUUUAAUCUGAGCAGGCUGAAAGCAAAGAGUAAGGUUACCAUAACUUCCGUCAUAGAGCUUCAGUAUGCUAAUGACAAUGUAGUGUGUGCACACUCAGAGGAUUACCUCCAAACCAUCCUAAAUGCCUUCGCAGAAGCUUACAAAAAUCUUGGCCUAUCAUUCAACACCCAAAAGACCAAAGUGCUGCACCAACAAGCACAAAACAACCCCUCUGCAGCACCACAAAUCCAACUCAAUGGUGUAACGUUGGAAAGUGUCUAUCAUUUCUCCUUAUACAAGGUCCAAAAUCCAGCAUCACUACAAGUGAUUGCCAAAGAAGAAGAUAUAUUUAUGUAUACAGAAAAUGUGGGGUAGAACUGCAGUGGUACCUCGGGUUACAAACACCUCGGGUUACAAACGCUUCUGGUUACAAACUCCGCUAAGCUGGAAGUAGUACCUCGGGUUAAGAACUUUACCUCAGGAUGAGAACAGAAAUCACGCGAUGGCGGCAGCGGGAGGCCCCAUUAGCUAAAGUGGUACCUCAGGUUAAGAAUGGUUUCAGGUUAAGAACGUACCUCCGGAACGAAUUAAGUUUGUAACCUGAGGUACUACUGUAGAUGUUUCAAAGCUUUUCACCUAACUUCUUACAAUCAGCAAAAACUUUCACCCAGAAUUGGUCCAGCUUACAUACUUUGAAAAAUGAUUUCAAUGAACCAUCACAAGUCACGUCAACAAGUGCAUCUUUCUUUUCCACAGAUAAAGUUGUUAGUUGUACACCACCAUAUUCAAAAGGAUUCCUUAUCCAUGAGUUUUCAGAAUUUGGUGGAGGGAAGUAAUCUCUGAAGCUAGUUGCUAAAUCACACAGGUGUUCAUUUAUGUAAUGUUUUACUUCUGGUAUCAGUUCUUCGUCAGUGGCCUCCAGAAAUGUCUCCAGUGUUGGGAUGUUAGUAAGGCUACCACCUUCUACUCGGCUUGUCCAUAACCAUAACUUUGUAAUCACUGCCUCAAUCUUAUCUUCAGUGUAAAAAAUAUUCACAUCACUACCUUGAAGGUUUGUGUUGAAAGUGUUCCAAGUAUGUGAAAACAUCUGCUAAGUUGGCUACCAUACACAACCAUGCAAAGUUGUUCAACUGAUCAGAGGGAAAUUUUGAACCUGUCAGAAAAAGUCAUACUUCACUUAACUCAAAGAAUCACUUCAGUAUGCUUCCCCUUGACAGCCAACAAGGGGCUGUAUGUUGGCUUCCCAUUUCAUCACACUGUUGUUGUUGUUGUUGUUGUUGUUGUUGUUGUUGUUGUUAUUUCCUUCUGUGCCCAAGUUUCAUCCCUGGCUUAAAUAGAGUAAUUAGUUAAAUACAAUACUUAUUUGGAGUAAGGUUUUUAUUCUUGCUGAUUACCCAAUAGGAACAAGCAACUUUUUAAUUCAUUAGGAUUCUGCCAUGUACCUGCUUCCUCCCACCCCCAAAUGUAGCCACAUAGCUUCCCACAGAAAACAAGAAAACAAAAUCCACACAGGCUGCCAUUUGCACGAAACUAAUCAUCAGAGGAUUAGCUGUUGUGCUAAUCAUAGUGGCAAAUUGCUUAGCUAUUUCUCCAUUUAGAUUUCCAAGAUGAGAUAUGAACCCCAAAUUCACUGAAGACCCUAUGUACAAGCAGUGGGAGAAUCCUCUAAACUUGAAAGUUGUUGAAAGCAAUUAGAAAUUAUUUUCAAUUAAAAAGUAGAGAGCAAAGGGAAGGGAUCCCUUACAUUUUUAAAAAAAUGUGAACUAGCAAGCUGUUUGUGCACUCUAUCUCUCCUCGCCUCCUCCAAUAGCAAGAGCCCCAAGAAACUGUGUCAGAGGUUUUUGCCCAAUCCCAGCUCACUUGUCAUCCAGCAACUCUUUCACAAGUUUUGGCCCUGCCAACAAGCAGGCACUCUGGUCGAGAGCAGAGGCUAGAUGAUCUGUGAAAGGAUUUCACUGUGCAAUUAACAAGAUAAGUGAGUCCUCUGGCAGGGGAUGGUCCCCGGACCCCUAAUUGGGAACCACUGUUCUAAUCAACUAACGUAAUAAAUAACAAGAUGAAAGAUGAAAAAAUCUUUUUUAAUAAUUCCAGUGGCACCUUUAAAGGUAAAGGGAACCCUGACCGUUAAGUCCAGUCGCAGAUGACUCUGGGGUUGCGGUGCUCAUCUCGCUUUACUGGCCGAGGGAGCCGGCGUACAGCUUCUGGGUCAUGUGGCCAGCAUGACUAAGCCGCUUCUGGCGAACCAAAGCAGCGCCUGAGCGGUACCUAUUUAUCUACUUGCACUGCGUGCUUUCAAACUGCUAGGUUGGCAGGAGCAGGGACCGAGUAACAGGAGCUCACCCAGUCACGGGGAUUCGAACCGCCGACUUUCUGAUCAGCAAGCCCUAGGCUCUGUGGUUUAACCCACAGAGCCACCCGCGUCCAAUUGAGUAUCUGACGAAGUGUAUUACACACAAAAGCUCAUACCUUGAAAGCUUAUAUUUAGUUGAUCUUAAAGGUGCCACUGGAAUUAUUAAAAAAUAUUUUUUCAUCUUUCAUCUUGUUAUUUAUGAUGACUAUGACAGAUCAGCAUGGCUAUCCACCUGAAUCUCUAAUCAACUGAGCUAUUCAUGCUCAUCAUUUCAUCUUCAAAGAAAGACUGCCCCACAGCUGCUGAAAGGAAUGUGAGGAGAUGGGAAGUGGAGCUUCUGACAUCCCCUCCUAAACAUCUUUAACUCUUGAUGGUAUGCCCCCCCAUUUUCUGCUUCACAUGCUUGUGAUAUAGGUGUGAUUUUGCUGCUCUGUCAAAAUGAAGUUGUUUUCUAUCAUUUCUUUUCUCAUAGAAAAUGCUGCUAAAAUUCUUCAUUCUCUUAUCUGGGCAUGAUUAUUGCAACCCCGUUUGUGUAGAUCUCCCUUUAUCCCAUCUAAAACAACUGGCCUAUUUUCUUAACUCUCAAUCUUUUUGAGUCAAAAUGGAUGUUGUACAGGUAGAAAAGGUUCAGAAAAGGGCAAGCAAAAUGAUCAAGGGGAUGGAGCCACCUCCCCUCUCAAGAAAGGUCACUGCAUUUGGGACUUUUUAGUUAAGAUUAAAGCUGAGUUAGAGGUAGCAUGAUAGAAGUUUAUAAAAUAAUGUACAGCAUAGAGACAGAGGAUAGGAAAAGUUUUCUCCCUCAUAAUAUUCAAACUCGUGGACAUCCAGUGAAGCUGAAUGUUGGAACAUUCAGGACAGACAAAAGAAAGUACUUCUUCACAUAGAACAUAGUUAAACUAUGGAACUCACUCCCAGCAGUGGCAGUGAGCAAUGGCCACCAACUUGGAUGGCAUUAAAGGAGGAUUAGGCAAAUUCAUGGAGGGUAAGGCUAUCAAUGGCUACAAGCCAUUGUGACCAUGCUCCGUCUCAAUAGUUGGAAGCAGCAAUGCUUCUGAAUAUCAGUUGCUGGAAACCACAAGAGAGGAGAGUGCUCUCAUGCUCAAAUUCUGCUUGCAGGUUUCCCACAGUCAUUUGGUUGGUCAUUGUGAGAACAGGAUGCUGGACUAGAUGGGCCAUUGGCCUCAUCCAGCGGGUUCCUCUUGUAUUCUUGACUCAUUGUCUUAGCUCAUCUACCUUUUUUGCCUCUACAGUAUUAGACCGUCUCUUUUGCUUUUAAUCUUUUCCCUACUGGCAUGCUUGUUUGUUUAAAUGAAUCCACCAGACAAUUUCACAAAUUGAACAAUCCUCUCCCGAGUAGCUUCAGGAUUUUGAUUAAUUGGUUAACGUUUACCAAGGGCUUUGAAAAUGCAACGUGUGUAAUACACUUGCAGAUUAUUUUUAUGUCCUGGUCUAGCAGCAUUUCUAUAGGCUGUGGCAGCGAGCAGGGAUGACAGUAUAGGAUGGCAUGUGUGCUGUUGGCAAUGACCCACGUGCUAUGGCAAAAUUAUUUGGUAGACCAAGACAUUGAAGAUAUUGAAGAUACUGCAGGUCAAGAACCUGUUGCUAAAGCAAAAACAGUGUUUGCACAUGCAGAUGUCACAGUAACUUGCCUAAUGUUUCAUGCUGUCAGCAGGUGAAACUCAACUGGCAGUUUGCAAGGACACCAAUUACCUAAUCUAGUAUUGGAAACCUGAAUGCAAAAAAGAGAUUCUGGCUCUCAAAAUGCAGAUGCAAGUGAUGUGUAUAUCUCAAGACUUUAAAAUGCCACCCUCCAUCACUUCACAGGUGAAAAUAAGGACCGUUUUGUGUCCUUCUUGCAUCUCUGCUUUAAUACAAAAGAUUAAGUCGAUUUAUACAUUGCUAAACGAUCUUUGCUGCAUUUAUUCAGGAACAGUAUAGAGGGCACAGAAUUGAUGCAAUGUAGAUUUGACAAUCUACCCAUGUUAUUCAAAGAAGCCUGUUCCCUUCCUACCACUUUACUGGCAGGACCAAUAGCUUGAUUUAUUUGUUUGUUUGUUUGUUUAUUACCCACCCUUUACCCUGAGGGCCCAGAGCAGGUUACAACAUUGAUACAACAUUAAAAGUGGUUUAAAACAACUUAUAAUCAUAAAAAGAAUGUGGGUCCUAUCAAUAUACACCUCAAGUGUCAAAAGCCAGGGUAAAGAGGUGUGUCGGCAUAGUAAAACCUAACCCAGUAUAAAAUUCUCACAAACCGCCAGAAUGAAAUCUAAAAGCAAACUGUCUAUGUGUAAAAAUGCAGUCUUUUCUCUCCUCCCAACACCCUAAUUCUUGCUCGCUAAUUGGGUCCUUCUCCACACCCCCUUCCCUACUUUGCUUAUAACUGAAAUCUAGUUCUGCAUUGGUAAAUGGCAGGUAUUGAGGGAAAAGUUUAUCAUAUCACUUUAUGCUCCUUACAUGAUCCCAGGGUCUUAUCAGGGUGUGCAGUGGGCCCAAGCUACUGAAAGUAUCCAAGUUUGUACCUUCUUCAUACUAUGGCCAUUGUGGCACAGCUUGGCCAAGGCCUAAUCACCAUAGCAACUAGUUAUCACUCUUUCUCCUCAUUUCAGAAUGCGGAAGUCCAGGCUGGUAAAAUAUCUCUGCCCUCCCUUGCAAGAGAAAACAGACGGACUGUUGUUGAGCCACAGUUCUGAACUUAAUAUUUCUUUUGCUCUGCAGCUGUUGUCUAGUACCCAAGAUCCCCCCUCCCCAAUAGGAACAGAGCUACAGUUUGCUGAAGAAAACAUUGGUAUAACACCCUGUUCCCCAGAACAGUCAUAUAACUUGGAGAGCUGUCUUCCCUGUGUUCUAACACAUUCUUGUUUGGGCCAACUUUCAACAGCUGGCGUUUAGCAGUGUAAAAGGGAUUUUAGUUGGUGAGAUUAUAGAUGUGAACAAAGAGACUUUACCUAGAAAAGAUUAUUUGCAUGUACUUCUCACGAACAGCAGCACUGAGUUGACACGGAUUUUGAUCAUCUCCUGAGUUUUAAAAGUAGCUCAAAGAGCUGCUUUUAGAAGAAGAAAGGCUGAAAAGUGACUACAAACCAAAUGUUUUCCAGCUCCUUCUCUUGCCUUAUUUGUUAGACUAUGAUUUGCCUUAUCCGUUGAGAAAAUUACCGCAUUCUUGACAGAAUUAAGUUGAUAACAUCAACAUAUAUGCUGAGUAGUGGGGAGAGAGAAAAAUUAGGUUUCUAUGGUUUGUGGUCAGAGCUCCAGUCCUUGGGGAAUUAUAGCUUCAUAUAAAAAGCUGCCAAAGGGUAGAGAAAUGGGAAAUAGUUAGAACUGCAAUAGAUGUUGUGCUGCAAUAUUUGAACUUGGAUGAUGAAAACUGAAGAACCACUUUUAUUACAGCUCAUUAUGAUUGGUCCAGUUGUCCUGGCUGAAAUUUGGCUCUUAUUGGGUCAUAUGUUACCUUUCACUCUUGCUUAUGGGACAAAAUUUCAACACUUUUUCCAUCAUGUGGGUAAAGCACCAGACAAUGAGAGGUCUGAGUAGAAUAUUAACCAACAGAUUUGAACUCCUUUCUGGCUCUACAAAUGCAAUUUUACUUUGCUGUUAUGCAAGACUUUUCAUCGUUCAAGUGCUUUACAAAUAUUAACUUAUUCUGAUGUGAUUUUCUAUACUUGACAAUUCCUAGUAUCAGAAUCUGAGCUUGUAAGUAUGAGAGUGAUUUUUCGUAUGGAAAUAAUCGUAACAGAGCUGGACUGGGUAAAUUCAUCACACAAAUGUUGUGUGUUUGGGAAAUGCAGUGCACAAAUGCAAAAUAUCCAUCCAUUCAGUUAUGUUUGAAUAGUUGCAUUUCUGCCUAGCCAAAGGCAAAAUUGGAAGUUUUAAAAAAACCAUGUAAGAUGAAGAGCUGAUAUUUCCAGAAAGACUGUUCUCCUUCACCUUAAAACAGUAUUUACAUGGAAGGCUUCAAGCUGAUAAUAUAAACAUCUUUCUGACCUAGGAAUAUCAGGCAAAAUAAAAUUCAAAGUCUUGUUUGAUAUCUACCAUGCACUUUCUGAUACAUCUUAAAACAGUGAGUUUGUGGUAAAGAUGAGAUUUGAAGUGGGAUUUGCUAUAGGUGUUCUGGUCACUUCAGUACAGGAUGUUUAACAAUGGAGUGGUCUCUUUCAUACAAAGAAGUAACAAAUUGGCCCACAAAUAAAUGUAAAAUGUAGUUGGUUGGUGACCUUAAUAAGAAGUUUGUUGAUCAGUGAAUUCCAGUAACGGAUAUGUCUAUACAGUAACAGAUGUAUCUAUACUUCACUACACCAUUAAGAAUAUAGUGGGGAAAGGCUCUGUGCCUCAGAUUACAGCACUUUCCCAUCAGAUGAAAAAUCUUCAGGAGAAGAAAACAUUAAAACAAUCCAAAUAAAUAAAAAUUGCAAAGCCAAACCUAUUUCUCUUUCAUAGGCAAUAAAUCACAAGGAUUUAAAAUUUAUCUUAUCCCCCACCAAUAUGUCAACCUUCUUAACUGCAAGUGAAAAUUAUUUAUUUUACAGUGUUUGUAUAAUAUUUUUCAACCCUAAUGGUUCUCAAAGCAGUUCACAAUAAUAAAGUUAGAUACAUAGACAGAUGGUUGUGUCCCCACAAUAACAGAUGCUGUUGAUAGUAUUAAAUAGUGGUAUAAUAUGACUUCUGGCUCUGCUCCCCUGAAUGGUGGCAAUAGCAAAUAGGGGUACUGGGGUGGGCAGAUAUUCUUCAAAGUGUUCUGCUCACUCCCCUAGACGUUCCUGUCUCCACUACUUAAUAUAUGUUUAUGCUGCUCUGAGCAAUUGGCAUCAAACUAAAAUAAUAUCCAUUUUCUCUUCCUUUUGAUUUGCAGAGAAAUCCCAGGUUAUCCAUGAACCAAAAAGACUUGAAGACUCUCAGGAAGAAGCCCACACAGAAAGAGUACCAGCAGCUGCCUUGACUGUCAGAGGGACUAAGUUUGAAGUUCAGACAAAGCAAAACCCAAACAAGUCAUCUUACAACCGAACCAGAAAGCCCCAGACCCCUCAGCGAAUGGCCAAAAUCCGAAACUACAACAUAAAGGAUUAAAUUUUCAAUGAAGUAGAAAUUUUUAUAUCUGAAUUAUGCACAGUAUUUUGUUAUUAAGUUGUGAUACCAAGUUUAAGUCCUAUUCUGACCAUGUUUGGUCUUGUAAUUAAUGUUACUAGUCAAGUUCCUUCUUACUUCCAAUUUUGCUAAUCAAACUUCAUUGAUAAAUGUUUUUGACUGUAGAAAGUAUUUAAACCAGCUUCCUCUACAUCUUGAGCUGGUAAAUAAAUAUAUGUUUCAGUAUGCUUCAGAUAGAUUCCUCAAGAGUUUAUCACACACAGAGAACUUUAUUGCAGUUCAUAGACCCAAAAUACACAAAAUCAAACAGGAAACACUGAAUAUGAACAGACCUAGGAAGUGGCAUCUCAAUUAUAUGUUCCAGUAUUUUAUUUCCCCAGAUCUCCUGGUUCUACACAUAUUGCACAGUUCCUACAGUUUCUCUGUAUAUAAAAGAGCACAGCUGCUUUGUCCACUGCCCUACCCCUCCACCUUUCCCAAAGGACAAACAGAUAGGAAGAAAGGGAAAGGUGACAGAAGGCUUCUCAAGAAUGAUGGGCAUGGACUACAAGCCCUGAGAUUUUCCCUUGAGGGAGGGAGGGGGAGUAAAAGGUUUCACAAGAUGAGUUGGGGGUAUGAGCAGCAUUGAAAUGGGCUGUGCAUGCCGUGCCUCAGUUCUUCCCUCUAUAAUUUGAGUAGGGCUUUUGCAUGGAUUGUUUUAGUCAGGGUAUCUCGGCCCAGGAAGAGUCACAAUUGUUGCACCAGUCUCAGCGGAUGGAAGGCAUUCUGUGCUACUGAAGCCACUUGGGUCUCUAGUAACAAGGCUGGAUAUAAGAGCACCCCCAAACUCUGGUCCUGUAGGAUGGAAUGCAACCCUGUAUAGAACAGAUUAACAUCCCUUGCCUAAACUGAUUAAUCGUUCAUAAACAGUAACUAUUUUACCAGGACUAAGCAUCAGUUUAUUAGCUCUUAACCACCAAUAAAAUUAUCACGCUCUUAUAUGAAAAAUAUGUAAAAAAGAUACAGAGGUGGAUUAUAUCAGCAUAUUCAUGAUACUCCACUCAAAAACCUGAAAUGACUUGACUUACUGUAUAUGUCAAACCGAAUGGGGAACAAGACAAGACAGACCCCUGUAGAACGCAACAGCAUACCUACCUAGAGGUAAUCUACCAGUUCCACCUUCUGGAAUCUGCCUUUCAGGUGGGAAUGGAACCACCAAAACACCAUGUCCCCAGUUCUUCAGCUAAACAGGCUACUCAGAAGGAUAUCAUGGCUGGUUGUAUCAAUAGUCACUGAGAUGUUCAGGAGAAUUAACAGAGACAUGCUCUCCCAGGUUAUCCAUGAGGACAACCAGUGCCCUUUCUGAGCCAAAAACAGACAUGCAGAGUGAAAUAAACCAGCACUUAGACCCAUCCACUUAACUUUCUUCUGCUUAGAUGUUAUACCCAGAAUGGGCAAGGUCGAGUAGACAUGUGGCAGACUCCAUUCCUCAAGGCAUUUUGUCUGCAUCCUCAUUGCAGCAACUGAAAUCAAUCCCAUUAACAUUACAUGAUGGUGAUCUGACCACAUGUUGUGACUGAUCUGCCAAACCCAUAUCAAAUAUGAGCAGUAUUAUCCCCUGUGUGAAUAAACAUUGUAGCAUACCUCUGAGGGUUCUUUUCCAUCAUACUGUUGGGGGCAGGGAUUAUAAACAGUGAGGUGUGAAGAAAUUGCAUGCAAAAGAUGCAGACCUUGAUAUGUUCUUCAUAGAGGUCAUUCACAACAAUCAGUUGUUAAUAAUACGAACAUAUUAGCAUUUAUUAGCCAAUUAACUCAUGUAGAGAUUGAUUACUCCAAUUCAGUCCACAAGUGAUAGCAUAGCACAGAACCUCUUGCUUCAUUGUAAUUCACUGUUUCCACACUGCAGUCUCCCUUUGAAGUGUCUGUUGCAGUAUGACCAGAAUUAAUCUCUGGUGUUGUUUAUGACUUUGUUAGAUCCUGUAAUAGUGUUGCUAGACUAGACAUCGGUAAAAGAUGGCAUCUGAAUCUGCCACAAGUUCUCAUCCGUGUGUCUGUAUCUCUAUUAUGUCAAAUGUUAGUGGUCAUGAUUAGCUGUUUUAGGUUGGAAAGGAGCUGCAUCUAAACAAUUACAGACCUAUUGAUGUUAUUCCUCAGGAUGGAUUGAGAGCCAGUGUGGUAUGGUGGUUAAGAGCGGUGGACUCGUAAUCUGGUGAACCGGGUUCAAUUCCCCGCUCCUCCACAUGCAGCUGCUGGGUGACCUUGGGCCAGUCACACUUCUCUGAAGUCUCUCAGCCUCACUCACCUCACAGAGUGUUUGUUGUGAGGGAGGAAGGGAAAGGAGAAUGUUAGCUGCUUUGAGACUCCUUAGGGUAGAUAAGUGGUUUUAGUUGGAAACUAAAUGUGACAAGGGUGUUCUGUCAUUUUCUCCUCUAUGUCUGUGCUCUAGUAAAUUAUUCCUGGGUACCAGUCUGGCCAU